AUGCAGCUGGACGGUCUGUGGAUGGUCCAUGCCCUCCUGGCACUGUCCAGCCUUGCUCUGGGAAACCCGUUGAGCAAUGACCCGCUGGCCGCACCCCGCGUGUUCAUUUCCUUCAAAGGUAGGACCCCCAAACUUUGUCUUUAUUCUUCCACCUGCUCCCCAUCUCUGGUCCCCUUGUAGAAUUUCCGAUCCUUUUGAAUCCUGUGUUUUUCACUCAGUCUCUGCCACGUGUUUGCUUAUUGUAUGAGUGAUGGCACGUCAGUUGUACAAUUGGUGUGAUUGUGGCUUUGAUAAGCUGGAGGUUUCUGCCGAGGAAGAACUUUCAGCUUCCCCACACUCUCAUGUUACAAAACAGAGCAGACCGCACACAAAUCAUGCAGGCAGUCCUCAUUUGCUGCCCCCCCCCUCAAACUUUCAGGCUCAGUAAUAAUCACCAGAUGCUUCUUCUACUAUAGCUUACAGUAAAGUGUACUAACAUUUAAAAGUGCAAACAGUCAGUGCGUUUACAUGCACAGCUUAAUUGGACUAAGCUCAUAAUUCGUAUUUUUUCGACGCAUUGGAUUUCUCUCCUUGUCCGUGUAUACGUGCAGCUGAGAGAAUUAAAUCAUUUACGUGAAUGUGCCCUCCUCCCCAAAACUAGGGGGCGAUAUGGGUCUUUUCAGCUGAGCUGUUUCUGACCCCAUACAACUGUCAACAACAACAGCAGGUCCGUGCCACACAUCAGAAGUGGCUACAACUGCUGCUGGGUAUUUUUUGAGCAAGAAAAUGGAGCAUCUUACAGCGUUGUUUUUGUCGUACAUGAUGUACGCGCUAGCUUUUCUGCAGAUGAGGUGCACGCUACUCCUCUUCUCUGGUGUCUUUGUUCCAGGGUUACGGGGGCGUGGCGCAUGUGCACAUGCAUUGUCUGAUCAUACUCCGACUAUGCUGGUUACAUGGUAGAGAAAAUCGAAUUCCAUUCGCAUUAUCUGGGUGUCUUAAUCAGAGUUCUCCGACUUCAAUCGGAGUUCUUAAACUCAGUCAGACUAAGGUGUUUACAUGCACUUCAGUUGUCCGGUCUUAAUCGGAAUAAGGCAAAAAUGUGGUUUUCUCGAGUGUCAUGUAAACGUACUGAGUGACACAAUAUGUUUGCGUAUUGAAAAUGGUGUAUGUCUUGUUGGUGCUCUUUGAAACACUUGUACUGUUUUUGUUGAUUAAUGCUGUGUCUCUGUCAUUAAUCAUCUUUAUUAUUAAAUCCCUACAUUGGACGCAUAAAGACUGACAUAAUAGCUCAACUCAUCUAACAGCUUUAAAGCUGUUUGCAGUGAUUGUUGACAGACUCGGACUUCAGAAAUGUGGAUGUACAUUUCAGUGCUGUAUAGAUUAGGUGAGAUGGGUUGCCGGGGUUCCGAGGGGUACAGAGCAGGAGAGGGUAUUAUCUAGAGCAAAUUGCCAGGAUCAGCCAAGCAGAGCAACGUCCCUGAAGCCUGUCUUGCUCCCAGAUCAAGCCUUUGAUUAGCACCCAGAGAAAAGCUCAGGGGGCGAGCAGCAGCACCCCUGUUUGCUUUGCUUCCCAUUUCCCAGCGCUCUCCGGUACAAGUUGACUUAAUUAAGUGGACUGGCACGGUUCAUUGUUGAAGGCGUUUUCCAGCUUUAAUCAAGUAGGAUUUAAUGCAUCAGUGAACACACAUCCAGAGCUCAGCAGUUUUUUCUUUUCAAUUUACAAAUAUCAUUUUAGUCAGUUCUAUUACAAACGCAGCGUUGUUUUUGGAGAACUUUUUUGAUUGUGUAUUUUUCCUGCUGCUCUGUUGGCUUAUCUUUGAGAAGACUCAGUCGAUGCUUUUGUCGAGGAGCAUCUUUGGAUGGCUGAACUCAACCACAAUAUAUUAGAAAGCAGCAGACUACAGGCACCAUUCUUUGGCUGACACACAGGGUGGAAAAAGCUCAGCUCUGCUGCUUACCUGUGUGUGUUUGCCUCUCCAGUCAAUAUGAAUUUCACAGUCUACUGCUGCUGCCUCUCUCAGAGGAAUGCACCUCCCUCUCCAUUCAAUAUUAUGACUCUCUCUCCCUUAAUUGCUUUUUGAGAGGCCCAUGUAGUCCUUACCUUGGCAAGUUGGCUGCACUUUUUUUCAGAUGCAUCAAGAUGUGUUAAGUUUUUACUUGUGCUGUUUGGGAAAGCAGUUUUCUUCUUGGUGGAGACUUCAUUCAAAUACAGUAUGACCUUUAAAUAGGGAUAAAUUAUCCUCCUGUGUUAGUCAUCCUCCAUGUGUUUACAAUGUUGUCAUUUUGUUUGUGUGUCUUACAUUAAAGGAAAGCUUAAAUGCUCCACCUGGUUGAACUACUUACAUGCUCUAAACAGAUAAGCUCAGUAUCUGAGGGGAGAGGAGCAGAUACAUGACCUCCAUCUGGGAGGCCCCCACUUCCUUAUUAAGGCAGGUAGAGUAAAUCAUGGGACCUAAUUGCUUAGCCUUGGCACUAAGAAGUUCACAGUUUUUAUGAUGUGGAAAUACUGAGAAAAUAAAUGCCUGAAUAAUUAAGACAGGGUGAAGUAAAAAAAAAAAACAUUUCAAUAACAGUCUGUAAAAUAAACCUUGGAAGUAGACUUUGUCCAGGCUUAUCUCCUCAUGUCUUCUAGUAAGCCAAAGAGAAAGGGCAGUGUGGGCUCCAAGAAAAAAAAGUCUGCCUCAGUUUACACAGCAAAUGGAUGCAGUCAAUGUCAAAAAAAUUAAAGUGUUAAAGUUUGGAUAAGGAGUGUAGCAUGGCUGGCGUUGAUAAUCAGUGAACUUUUUGAAGUUAACCGAGACAUUAGACUAGUACAUUUCUUUCUUUGUAGUUAAAUUGUGAAAAAGUUGCAAAACAACGUAAACCCACAGUGGCCCUGAGGUGCAAAACACAACGGCAAAAGAGAAAACACAAUGGUCAAUGUCAUUUUGUCUUCUGAUUUGCUGUUGUGUUUUCUGUUUUUGUUUUGUGUUUUCUGAUUUGCUGUUGUGUUUUCUCUUUUCGUGUUGUGUUUUGCACCUCGGGGCCACCGUAUAAAUCUUAUUACUUUGCAGGUGAUCAUUUUGAGUGACUGAAAAUGAUUUUUGCUUUAAAAAAUCAAGGAAAAUAUUUGAAAUCUUAUUUAAAGUUGCAGCAUGUCUUGUCUUGAGGCAUGUUUUUUAAUGGUUAACUAUUCAUUGUAAUGUGUUUGCCCCUGUUCCCUGGAGUGAUGUAUUUAGAGCUGAUGACUGUUCAUGUGAAGGGAAGCGAAGUUGUCGUCUAGUUCAGAAAAUCAUUCUUAAAUUUGCUCAAAUGCAGUGCCACUUGUAGGUCCUUAUUUAGUGUCCCAUCACUGAAGAGAAAGAGUGAAUUAACAUGUGAAAGGAUUGUGUGAGAGCUUCGCCUCUCCGUGAGACUCCAAAGACAUGCAAGUGCCUGUGUGGCUUAAAUCCAUUUAGAGGUCAGCAGAUUUAAUGCUGGAGUUAUUUCUCACAUUCUACUUUUAUGCCACACAUGAGGUACAGAGAGCAUUACAGUUUCUGAAUGGACGAGGUGGUACCGUGAGAAGUUAGGCUUUGAAAAAGAGUAACACCACUGCUGUUUUGCUGCCCGCAUUCCCACUCUGACAUAUUUGAGUUCAUGCAUGAAGCGGAUAUAAAUUUAAGCUCAUGGCUCGGAUAUAUACCACACAUACAUGGUUUCUCAUUUGAACCUCCAUGACUUCAUUCACUUAAAUUGACCUGAAAGCAUCUUGUUGUGUAGCAUGUCUGCCACAGCCAUGUGUGCUGGAGAUUGUUGUUUAUUAGAAAUUAAAAACUUCUGAUUGUCUGGGUUGCUCAUUUGAGGACUUUUCAGUAAGAAGCAAACAUUGCCUCAAAAUAAGUCACGGCUCAGGGUCAAGAAUCUUCACCACUGUACGUGCACUCUUCAUGAAAAACUCUGCAGGCAUAGCCCACAGUUUAAGGUGGAGGCGUGACUUGAGAGGUUAGCCCUAUGCACUUUUCACCUUUUAGGACUUAGUGCUGAUAACAUUUGAAUGGCCUCUCUCUCUGCAACAACAGCAAUGUAAUUAUGGUUAUUCAGCACAAAGGAAAAGUCUCAUAAAUACCAUAACACGCAGGAUUACAGCACCCUUUUCCCUCCUCCCAUACAAGGGCAAAUCUAGAGACAUGUCAGAAUGUGGGUCAGCUUUGCUACAAUACACAACAGCACACAACCCCACUGCUGUCAGGCAAGGUGGAAGUAAAAAGAAGCAGCUAUUGCUUGUCAUUAUUCCAAAUAUUUCCCUUCUGCAUGUCUCCUGUGGAGGGCUAACAGCAGGCUCCUAUUUUUACUCCGCAGCAAAGUCCUAAGACUACAUCCGGGGUGAUGUGUGUGUUUGAGUGAGAGUGUUUGAAGGGGUAGGGGUUAGAAACUCCCAUUUGGAGUUAAAUAACAGAUGUUUUUGUAUGAGCUGGACAUUGUUAUGCUGUAGUUCAGCUUUGUGUGUUCUCUGUCUUUAAAACAAAGGGACAGAUGAGGGUUUAUCUCAAAGUGUGAGCUAAGACUAAGUUUAGGACUGUAUCUAUACAGCGUAAUGUAACUCAGCAGUUUGCUAUCAGUUAAUCUCAGCGCAUGCUCUUAACCGCCACCCUGUCACCUGUAUUAGUAAAUGUUUAAACUAUCGGGGCUGUUAUUGCACAAUAAAAACAAAUGGACACUUUAUGCUCUGAGCUCGAGGAGCACAUAUGAGUGUUGUGAAUUAUCCAAAGUUCUUAUCACCGCUGAGCUGCCUGGCUAUGAUAUGAUAGUAUUUGGAGUAUUUUAAGUGAUUUUAAAUGUUGAGAGGAACAUUAGACCGGUGGCGUCAUGAUUUGUCAUUUAACAAAAGAAAGAUGUUGAAUGUAAACAUAAACGUAGGCAAGAUUUGAAACCGAUGUGAAUGUGUGUUGGAGUUGUGUGGAUGUGACUACCUGUACAGCUUAUUGAAAAAGUCGAACAAGAAUUACACCAGGAUUCCACCUCAUGCAGAUCCGCCCUGCUUCAGAACGGCGGGCUGAUCAAAAACGCAAGCACAGAGUGCCCACAAUAUCCGAUCUGCUGCCGCAGGCAGAGUAGAAGCGCUUGCAAUUUUACCAAUAUUUCUCACAAGACUGGGCAAGAUCUAAUGAGGUCUUGCAUGUUUCACCAUGAGACACUGAAUAAGAUUGGUGGUAUAUAAACACCCACAUCCCACAACCCUGGCCUCUUCUAUUAUCACGUGAAGAACAGUUAAUUGUAUUGAUUUUGUUGUAUUUUGAAAACUAACCGGAUAUUUUACUCCGUAGCCGCACAUAACUUCCGCUGCUGCUUGUGCUGCACUGCACUGCACUGAAUUGAUGCAUUGUGCUGCAGCUGCAGCAAAAAUAAAAGUCUUGCAAAUCUGACCCAACCGCUGGAGCGGAUCCGCAACGGAGCCAGACGGUGGACGGAUUGUGUGGAACCACACACAAUGAUUACAAUGCUUGCCUAUUUGAUCCGCCUACCGUGCCAGAGCGGAGCCCAGCGGUUCCGCAUCCUGUGGAAUUUAGCCAUUAGACACACGAUUUUCUACAUUUUUGAAGUCACUGGUUGUUAGAGUUCCUUUAACGAGAAUAAUAAACAUUGUCAUUUUGAAUAGAGAAACAUUGGUCAUCGCAAUGGCAAUGACUUCAUAGCAUGGCAACAGUGGAGAAGGCUUCUAGAGAGCUGUCCAAUUUGUAGAAAGUUGGCUUGUAGCUGUUAUAAAGCAAUUUUCAGACAGAGGCUGGUUUUCAGAGACACUAGACUGAGAGAAAAUAAGAUUUUUGAGCUGCAAAUCAUGUGAAACUAUUAGAGGCAUCAGGAGGCUGUACAAACAAAUGAGCAUAAUACCCCCUUUGUAACUUGAGGUUUCAUUGGCACAUUUGCUUCCAAGCCUUUCCUUCUGCACCUUCAUGUUAAUGCAUCUUGGCUCAAAUCUUAGCUUAUCUUUUAAUAAACUUCCCGUUAAGCUACCUCUUUUCUGUUUCUUAGCACAAGUCUCUACAAGAGGCCCAAAGCACAUUGGCAUACCUUUGCCCUAACUGUAAUAUUGCUGCAUUAGCAAACAGUACCACAAAACCACUGGCCCAGUAAUCUGGCACCACUGCUGAUGUUUGGCUGUGAUCUCUAAUUACUAUUUGUCAGGGCUGAGUCCAUAUUUCACCACAGCAGCAGUGUUAGGACUGACAAAGCACUGGAAACCACUAUUACUUUGGACAUGCCCCAGACCUCAGUUUUGCCCCACAGUAGCUUACUAUGUCAUAUUUAGAGCAAAACUGUACUCUCCCAUAGCACACAGCAUUCACUUGAAGGUCUGUGGUUAACCAUUGAACACAGUUUGCAGGGCGGCGAGUGCACUCAAGUGCAAAUGCAGCUUGUUACAGCACAAUGUCUGCUCAGCUGUGAUUUUGCUGUCAGGAGUGUCAUUUUAUUGUUAGAUUUUGUUUGGCGCAGUGAAAUAUAAUCAAGAGGAUGAAGAAAAGACGACGAAUUUUGUAGCAAAUAGAGUCUGUGUUGUGAUCUCGAGGCAGAGCUACACUAUUCAGAAACAGCUGAUAUCUUACAAUAUGUCUCGUAUUGAUUUGCACGUUGGCGCUUAACAAAAGCUAAACCUUGAGUAGGUCUACGGUUGAGCAGCUCAAUUUCUUAUGACACCAUCCAUUGCUUUUCAAUCAAAGUCAUACGAUAAUUGUAGUAAAAUUAAACAUGAUUGCUUAUCAUCUCCCGUCCUGGACAAAACUUGAUCCAGUCAGUGGUUAUUUAUAACAUGUAUCUGUCGAAUGUUGGCAGGUCAAGAAUCAGAGAUCCUCAAGCUGUCUGCUUGAUGAGAGACAUGACCAUAAUUACAUUUUAUUUCUAGGCCACUUGGUACAAUGCUGCCACCAGAAGACAAUGGAAACAGUCUAGACAGAUGGAAAAUGUAAAGAAAAGCACAGCAGACGUGGAUUCAGUCAUAUUUGAGGGUUAGUAUAACCAUCGCUGGACUUGACUAAAUCAACAUCAUUAGUUUCUCUGUGUGAGUUUUUAAGUCUUUUAACACCAUAUAUUGUUUUUAAAGCAAAUCUCCACAUCAGAUGUUUGUCAGGUAUUUGUCUCUUAACAAUGAGGGGUUUGCACACAUUAAAAAUUAAAGGAUCAUUGCAUGUAAAAUGCAUGUUGGUGUUUAAAAGUGGUACCAACGUAUCUCCAUAAAGCUUUACAAAUACCAUAAACUUAAGUUUGACAAGGACAUUAUCGUUUUUAUUCUCAUCCUUCUCUCCCCUUGUCAGGUGUAUGUGUGGAUCUGAAGUGUGAUAUUCCUCAAAAAAUAUGUGUGCGUUGGCACCUUUCACCAUACUGCCCCUGAAUCCAGUAACAACCUUGAGUCUGUCUCUCUUAUGGUGCCAGUUUCCCUCUGCAAAUAAAAUCUCUAUCUCAGUGUCAUCCCAUCGCGGUGUCUGCCAGCUAUUAAUGCCGUCUGCACCUCCCAGCCGGUGCUGCUGCCGCCGCUGCUCCGGGAAUAUCUGUUUUACUCUCUCCGUCUUGUGGUUGUUAGACACAUGCAAGCCUUUCGUAGUGGCGGCCCAUGAAUCAAGUCAUUGUGUUUUCGUGUCAAACAGUAUAGACACUUGGCAACGUGCUCCAUUUGAUUCCAAUGCCAUAUGGCUGUGAGGUUGUGAAGUGUAUGUCAGACAGCUUGGGUGGUCCUAAUGUUUGAUAAAAGAGGACUUAGUAUCAACGCUUGCCUCUGGGUAUCUCACAUCUGUUGAUAAGUAUUGGAUACGUUAAAUGGGUGUGUUAUUGAGGAACAAGGUUUCAGUACAACUCCACAUACUUGUGGGAAAAGGAACCUCAAGAAGACAGUCUCAAUAUAAUCCAAACCUGUUUCUGACUGCUCACUUUCUUGCUUCUUCUCUGUUUGUCUUCUAUACUCAGUUCUCUCCCUUUGGCAUGGGCAUGGCAGUAAACACACUGACACUGGCCUGUUUGGGAUUCCUCGCAUGGAAGCCCUGCAUGCUUGUAGGCUCUGCAGAAAGAGGGAUAUGUUGUGGUGAAAGUGUGGUUUCUCUCCUUUAGUCAAGGUUUCACCCAUGAAACAGCCUCCUGAGUCAGGUUUCAUUCUGUCAGUGCUUUGCCUCCAGUGAAAUCAAGAUCGUCUCCUGAAAAAACGGAGGAGCCAGUGUUGUCUGUCCGUCUUAUUUUUCAUGUGGAUGUUGUUGCAUCUGUUUCUCCUCCUUUAACCCUUUCAUCACCAGACUGGAAAAUACCUGUCCAGACACUGUGAACCACUUUCUUUCCAUUUCCUUACUUAUUAUUAUCAUUAUUUAUUCUUCAUAAAACUACUACUGUCUCUGUGAGCUGACCUCAUAGUAUUGUGUCACAUGGGUAAACUAUAUUACAUAAGAGAGUAACUGUUUUUCCUGUGAUCACAAAAGGUGUCAGAAGAAGGUUUCUGUCUUUCUUUUGUUAGUGGAAACCGUAUCAGCCACAUCCUGGAAGUCCUGUCAGGUGGGAUUAAACUUUUUGAAACUUCUCAGCAGUGUGAAGAAAACUGUCUCAUAAACAUAUCAUGUUAAUACUCUACCCUGUUCUUCAGGCAACUGUUAAUAGAGAUUUAUGUGAUAUUCUCAAGCUUGACUUGUUGGUCAAAUCUCACUGACGGCCAGGUUUAUCCAUGCCUCCGGCUUGGUAUCCAGCACACCUGCCAAGCCUCAAAGUCGGUCCCUUUUCAAGGUGGCAUAAUUAGACUUCCUGUGGGAUUUCAUGUCCUUUCUUACUUGAAAAAAAAAAAAAACAGGGCAUUUGUGUGUACUGGAUAAACAGGUUGAGGACUCAGACUGGCUUUGUCUCUGGGCUUGAACACUGUAUAUUAUUAGCACCAGUGUGUCUGUGUGUCGAAGCAGAUUAAAGUGUCAGGUAAGAUGAUGGUACAGAAGGAUUAGAUAAGUUUGUUGAAGAUUCACUGAAGACUGUAGAACAUUGCGGUAUCAUUUUUGAAACACUGUGAAUAGGCAGAAAGUUGUGGAAAGCUGAUAGAGAUUAGGAGUAAGUUAGGUGAAAAUUAAUACAAUGACAACUCUGGUGAACAAUUCUGAACUGAUGCCUCUACUGUUUCACAUUAUAGAGGAUUGAUCAUGUCUUCUUCCCAACAGGGUACUAUAAGCUUCAUAAUAAAGGUGAAAAUAUACGUUAUGCUUUUGCAGGCAUCAGACCUCUUCUAGUUGGUAUCAGUAUUUCCUCUGAAAAUCUGUCCAUUUGUGUUGCCUCUGUGCCACUCAGCCAAAACACCGCACACUGCCUUGUCUUUGACUUUCACUGAAUCUCCUGUAUCAGCCCUCGUCGUCUCCCACUGGCUGUUUGUAGCUGCUCGUAUCAUAUUCUGAGCCCGGUGCUGGCAUACCAGCCUUUGAAGAGAUCUGCAAGCCAGUAUUUCCAGCCCUGAAAACCACACCACCUCUCCAUGCUCUGCGUUAAGGUAUAAAACUCUUGCUCUUUGCUUGAAUUCUACAAAUGAUCUCUUCCUCAAGGUUUUUUUUUUUUUUGACCUCUAAAUAAUCAUUAGAAAAACUCUGAGUUUAUUGACUUUGACGUUAUCGUCUCAUAAUGAGCCUGUAUCAUUCUCAAAUCAAUUAAUCAUUUUCACUUUGACUCCUCUCACACUUGUUGCUCUAGGAGGACUUCCCAUGCCUUAUUCUUUGAUGCCAUUUUUUUCUUUCUGCUCCUCUAUUCUUUCAAAUAUAUGAAAAGUCUUUGAACACCAGUGUACUGCCUUUAUUUGAUAUCCCGUCUGCUCAUUAGCUGGUUUUCUCUCAGCCUUGAUUUAGAGUCACUGUUUGAUGUAUUGUAUAUUCUGAUUAAAAGGCACCAUGGCUUUUGAGUCUGAUAAGGAUAAUCUUAAUAUCUUCUCUGGAAUUACAGUGAUGAUGUUGAGUGCUCAAGAUCAAAGAUUUAUCUAUAUUCACUUGGACUGUACCUCAACUGUUUGCUGAGAAUAGAAAUAAAUAUAUCCACAGUGGCUAAAAUUUAGAAUUACAUUUUCCGUCUUUAUUUUUUUAAUCCUGCCUCCAUGCCUGUGAUAAUCCCUAUAAAACAUAAGGAAGUAUAUGGGGGAUCCUCAGAUAGGUCCAGUAGAGGGGCUUGGCCCUGCCUGAGGAGGUCGAGGCCACUGUCCUCUUCUGAGCUACAACCCCAUCAUAAUUUCUCACUGACUGUCAGUACUAGAUUAAGUUUCAGGUGUGUCUCACUUCCUCAGACCCUCAGACUCACUCCCGUUAAAGUGACCUCUCUUCUUUGAGGUGUGCAGUAAAUACACCAUAACUCAGAUUGUGCUCUGUAACCUUAGAUUUAGGCUGAACCUGACUGUUAUCUAUGGAUUACUCCGCAUAUAAACUGUAUUUUAGAAGUAGAACUCAAUAUUAUGUGGGACAAUUGGUUAGUCUGAAGAUAAGGUUGAAGUCGGUCUCCAGUAAGAUUUCUGUUGAGGUUCGAUUCAAUAGACUGAUGUCCUCAAUAAUAACAGCCUCUUAAACUGCAAUUCCACAACAGUGCUGGAAUGGAGAUCCACCACAUUACACACUGCACCCUGAAGUCACCUCCUCCUUCACCCCUCUCUGCCUUUGUUACCACCUCUGGGGUAAGAUCAGAGGCAGAACAACUUCAAUCCACCGUUACAGAUUUGGUCGUUACACGUAACAGAGUACCUUAAAAUGGCAGUGUGUAAGCACCCAAUGUUUCCAGGGGCCACAAGCACCUGCAGGAAUCCGGCUCAACCCAUGUGCUGAGCCACUUGGUAGCAUAUUAUGAUUGGAAACAGUAUUCAGCACUGAACAUGUCCUGUUUGUUCAUAGGUUAACGAAGAAAAAUUUGACCUAACUGCAAUCAUUGACAAUGUUACAGCAGUACAUUGACGUAUGAACACACAACUGUGGGGUUAAAGCCCUGCAUGCGAAAACUAGAGAUGCACCGAUCCAUUUUUUUCCGAUCCAAUCCGAUACGAUACCUGGGCUGAGCGUAUCGGCUGAUAUCUGAUACUGAUCUAAUACUACUGUUGAAUGUAUGAACUGUAUACCUUGUCCUGCGAGUGAAGGCAUCAGGCUUGACAUUAGCCUUGUCGAAAAAAAGGGUAGCAAAUUAACACAGAUAUGAAUUUAUUCAAUAUUAUUUAUUAACGAAUAACAAAUUGCACAUUAGCACACAGUGAAAAGAAGUAAGACGUCAAUGUAUUGACAGAAAAUUUAACAAAAAGAAAAAAAAAACUGGAUCAGAACGCUGGAUUGGCUUCAUUCAUCAUAUUUCCGAUCCAGUUAAUUUGUCAAUAUCGGAGCCGAUAUCCGAUCCAAAUAUCAGAUCAGUGCAUUACUAGCAAAACUGGGGCAUGCAAGGGACGCUUGUGUUUGAUUGAACCAUUUACAUGACAGAGAAAGUCGACCAUCCACGCCAUUAUUCAGGUGUGUUAGUCCGACAUUGAGAUGUUCAAUUUAGUGUGGUUUCAGUUAGACUAAUGUGUUUAAUUUUUUUUUUUUUUAAUCCACCUUUAUUUGAAUUUAGGCAAUAAAGUGAUUUUUUUUUUUAACAACAUUAUGAAGGUACAUGUGUGAGGAGUCAAUGUGAAGAAUUAGGGAGGGCAGGGCUUCUAAAUGUUUCCAUAGUUCAUGUCUGAAAACAGCUUCAGUGACUAAACAUGGUCAUGAGAUGACACUGUAUGGUGUUAAUUAGGGAGAAUAUAUUUACGCCAGUGUUGAUGUGUUUGCUGGCAUUCAAGAAUAAACUCUCUAUGACUGUCACAUGUUCAGUUCACAGUGUAUUUUUAUCUAUGUGGUGUCAAAUCACAGCAAAAAUGAUCUAAAGGCACUUUGACAUUAUCAGUGGAUCCAUUUAUUUUCAUUUUUUGUUACAUAAAAUGGAAAGACCCACCGUUAAUCCAUCAUGGACUAGUAUCUGGCUGCAAUGGCAAGGUAAAACAAACUUUCAACUAGGGAUGGGCGAUAAAUUAUCGUUCACGAUGUAUCGUCAGAAAAAUCCUCCAUGAGGAAUAUUUGCCAUCUAACAGAGCAGAAUAACAAACAAACAUGGCGGAAGGUAAUGAAGAUGACAUUUUUGGGCAGCUCGUUACUGAAUGAGGCUCCACAUGAGAGAUUUCCUUCAAGUUCGGGGCUUAGAUGAUAACCUACCACUCAAACUUGUGGUUAAAUAUCUUAUUUGACUAUUCCAACUUGUAUUUUUAAGACAAAAUAAGUAAAAAAAUAUAGAUCGGAAUUAUAAUAUUUUUUGGGGGAUUUGUGGUGAUACAUUUUUUAGCCCAUAUCGCCCAUCCCUCCUUUCAACAUGCAGAGGCUGAGCCACUCUCAUUGUCUUUAUAGUUUAGACCGGAUUACUAACAACAUCCAUGGGUGCAUACCCUUGUCAGAGCCAGACUAUGAGAAAUUUGGCUUUGCAUUAAAAGAUAAGAAAGUAGCUGAAAUUUGUUCCCUCCCUAUAAAGUUUGGAAAUUGAAGAGUUACGAUAUCAAAUGGUUCUCAUGAGGUUUUGUUUCCACACUUGGAAGAGAAGUGGUUUUUUGGUCCUUAACUUAUCCUGGGUUCAAAGUUCACUUCACUUCACUUCAGCAUGUCAUGAGUAAGCUUCAGUCAGCAGAUCACCCGCUCCUCUCAUCCAGGUCUUUCACUUUUUCCCCCCUCCUCAGUUGGUCAGUGCUGAGUUGAAACCACUUUUGCAAAAGGAAAUUGGGUUGUUUUGGUGACUCUGAAGAGUUAUUCCUAUACGAGCACUCACGCAUAUAACAAAGCGAGCACUUUGAUGCCUUUGUAGGUGCUUGGUUUUCAAAUGCUGAUUUGAAGAUUUCCCUAUUGCUGCCCCCCUGCCUGUUGGUCGAGUAGGUGUUAAUUGCGAUGUGUGGGGAUGGACUCAUUCACAUCCAUUCAAGACAGGCUGAGGCCAAUGGCGACCCCCUGACCGGCCGUUUUUGUCAACGACCCAUCCUUUAAGGCCCCCUCCUGCUGCAGUACCGUCUCAUGAUUGGUCAGGGGGGCGGAAAAAAGGGGAUCCUGGCAUGCGGGUCCCCUCGUUGUUGUUGUUGUUGUUGUUUGACGUUGCCCACACACUCUUCCCCCUGUGGAGGUCCUAUAGCUGCAGGGGAGUUUGUGUAGGUUUGACUCUUAUUCAUAAAAGUUCAUUCACAUUCUGGGAGACCUGGGGGUGGGCGUCAAUCUGGCAUCAGGCCUUUUUUUCUUAAAGAAUUUGGCGCACAGCAUCCCGCAGGGUUUUCUCUUCGCUUCCUAUAGAUUCCUCAGUCCAGGUCUAAGGUUCUUAACUGCCGAGCUGCAUACAGCGGACAGCAGCCCAGAAUGGAGGUGAAAAAUGAGAUCACUCAUGGAGGAAAACCAAAAGCACACAGGAGCAGAGGGCAUAUUUUACAUCCUCCCCUCCAUCCUGGCAUCAUGCCACACUGGUAGUGUGUGUGAUGUGUCGCAAUUUGAAAGCACAGGAGAUUAAACGCAUUGGGGGUGUUUGUGGAGCUAUCUUGUAAUGCCCUCAUGUAGCUCACUUUAUUUAAUCACUCAUGCUGCUCUCUUCUUUGAUACCCUGAUCCUCUUGCUUGUCUGAGCGAGACGUUCAUGCUCUUGAGCUCUGUGAGUCUUCUAAUUGUUUUAUAAAGCUUAAGAUGAGAGGGUUGGUGUUCCUGUGUGCUAAGUCCCUGUUUGACUUCUUAAUUCACAUGCUUGUUUCCCCGCUUAGCCAUUCAAUGGAGGGUCAAUGAAUACUUUAUUACCACUUUACUGUCUGGAUCAGAGUGGCCGUAUUUAUUUUCCCUCCAGGGACGUCCUGUGGCGUUUCCCAGAGUUUCAGAGCAGCCUACUUUGCAUUUCCUUUCUCUGAGAAGACAAACGGGCCAAGAGUCCAAGAUGAACCACUUCGACAGAGGGAGGGAGAGACAGAGAAAAGGGGACAGGCAGCGUAAGAGGCUAGGGUUUCACUCCAGCGUCUUUCCCUCCAAGUUCUGAAUCAGUGCAGUGUCUCUCUCGUGGGCUACAGUGUGGAUCAAGUUUUACCCCCACUCGUACUCUGCUCCCUUCCAGUUUGGACUUACUUACUUUUCCAGGGUGGAGAGGAGACAGACAGCAAGGUUUCUGAAGGAGAAAUGGAGUUAUGGAAAAUUUGCAAAGUUAAUCUUGAUUAGUUUAAUAGUUUUCCAAAACUGUACCCUGUGCAACAUGCCUGUAUCCCACCCCUUCACUGAAGUGCAUCUUUGAUAUGUGGUCAGGCAUACCCCAUAAAAUACCCAUUUGUCAACACUGUGGUUGUACUGAGGCUCGGCCAACUCCCUGACUGCACCUCAGGUGAAACUGGCUGAUAUCACUGCCCGCAUUUACCGUUUUUCUUCUCUUUUGCCUGUAACUCUGUCAAACAGUGCUCAGUAAUGUAGCUCAACUGUGACGAGAGUUAGCUUUUCUAAAGCCCAUAAUUAAGUCACUUAGCUCUCCCUCCUUCCCUCCCUCCAUCAUACUUGUGCAUGAACAGAUAGGGGUUCUGGGGGUCUUGGAGCCCACCUCCUACUUGCAGUGGACCCCAGGCUGAAUGAUGGCUUUUUAAUGAGGCUCCUUUGCAGAAAAAAGCCAAAGCUAGUGGUCUCAACCUGAGGGAAUAUUUAAAAGAGUGGCAAAAAGAGCAGCAAUGAAUGAGCGGCUCUUCCUGUUUUCUUAAACAUGGAGGCAGCAUUAAGUAAAGGUAAUUGAUCGGAACUAAUUAGGGAAUGAGAGAUAAAUGAUGGUUAGGUGAGAUGCAGCGUUUUUAAUGACGCGCUGUGGGGAUGGAAUGCACUGUGGGAUCAACUCUUUGGGGAGUUAUGGCUGCACGCCCACAGCAAAGCUCUGUCAUGUGUUUGUGUUUGUGGGUUAAUCUCUAAAGCACCUCAAGACUUACUGGCUGCACUAUUCUCCAGAAUUACUUAAUUUGGAGUCUUUGAUUGGUGCCUCAAGUAUUUUGUUUUGGGAAGUCAUGUAAAUGAGGGCGAGAGAACUGGAAGUGUGAAGAGUGGGCUUUGAGUGUGACUUGUUGCAUGUAAAAGCAUAUGAUCCUUCUAGUCAUUGGUGUAGACACAGAAUAAAAUACUAUCGUGAUUAGGGCUAAAUGAUUUUAGGAAAAGAUUGCUUUGCGAUUGUUCUUGCAGAAAUUGUGAUUUCAAUCUGAUUCAUGAUUUUUCUUCAAAUCAGCCUGCAGUGCAACAUUCACAGUGUGUACGGUAACAUUUACAAAUCAAAACUAAAAAAUCAUACUACUUUAAUGCAAGAAUGUUCAAGAGUAUACAUGGUCUAUAUAGCCAGUAGCAUUAAUUGCAUUAGUGGCAUUAAUAUCAAUGCACCACUAAUGAUUUGUGACAACAACACACAAUGUCAUUUUCGACUUGUUUUGAGUCAUCAGUAAGUGGUCAAAUCCUGUCGAACCCUCUUCCAUGAAUGUGAAGGGUAACAUCCCAGCCUAUAUACACGGUCUAUAUAGCGAGUAGCGCCGGUAACGUAAUGUGAACGUAAUAGCGUAGCUCUUUGAGUGGCAAGAGAGUGGGGGUGACAGCGAAAAUCCACCCACAACCCACAAUCAGUUUUGGUGAUCACAUGAUCGGGCUGUCUGAAAUUAGAAUUUGGAUCAGAAAACGAUAAACUGCUCAGCCCGAAUUGUGAUACUAUUUGUUCUUUGAAUUUCAAAACAAGGACAAAAAGUAAAUGAAAAAGUUUAAAAACUUCAGAAGACAUUAUAUGACCUUUUCAGUUUUAACAAUUUUAAUGUCUUUUGGCUUGAGCCUGAGCAAGAGUACAAGAAAUCCCUCGGAUAAAAGGGGGGACAGAGGAAAAGCAGCCCCUUAUUAACUAUCUGAGAUGACACACCUGUACUAUCCUUGUGUCCUGGAUUAUUUUCCUUGUGAGAAAUUAUGGAGUAAACUCAUGAACAUUUCUAAACUUAUGAAGUAUGUUAAUAUGAGUUCUGUCAAACUAUUUAAAAACAUCAUUUAUGUAAUAAAUUAAUCACAUAUAUUAAAAAUGGGAGUAAGCAUUAGUAUGUGACGUUUUGAAAUGCGUUACAGACUCCAGAAUGGCGGAAAGGUUCAGUGCAGACUGAGGUCUCUUUCACAGCCGGGGCCGACCUCUUUGUCCUUCUUUGUUGAACACCUCCCCAGUUGUCUUUCCUAGCAACAUGUUUGAGCUGUUUGGAGAGGGUUGCCUCUUGAGAUGUCAAAGAAAUUCACUUUCAUGUGUUAACCAGAGGGGAAGUGUGAACCGGCUCUGAAAAGUGCUGUCAUGACCUAAGACAAAGCUGACACACCUGAUAAUUUACCUGUCAGAGAGUUUCCUUUCCUUUUAAUUCUCUUAUAUUGUUUGAAAUUUAGCUUUCAUGUGAUAGAAAGAAACAUGUGUUGAUACUUCUGUGGGUAUAAUAAUUUGACUGGAAAAAGAAAUCCAGUUCACCAUAUUAAUUCUGUGGCAUUAAAUCAUUGGAUCAUAACAUUUGGUUCAAAUGCUGUUUUUCUGCAGCGUUAAGGCAUCAUUCAUUACCUGCACAGAAACAAGAGAGAGGCCUGGAGUUUAAUGGUGAUAAAUAUCUGAAAAUAUGAACCCCUGCCUGCCAUGCAUCAUUGUUAACAUCACUGGGCUGUGAAUUGACCCAAUAUUUAUGAGCUAUCCUUAAUGCCUUGAUAAAUGCAUGGAAAAACUGCAGGUGCAAAAACUAAGACUUGUCCUAGAGGGGGAAUAUAAAGAAAGUGAAUGUUCAGUUUUUAACUUGUUGUUAGCUGACAAGAAAAUGGGUUGUUUCUUCUCUCUCUUCUUCACAUGAGUGGUACAUGGCAGAUCCUCAUACUGCUGCUAAACUGCGUGUGGUUUAUGUAAACAGGAAUAUGGAUAAAACUCUGCAUGCCUUUAAAGGAUCCUUAUUGCCCUUAGUUACUACUACCCACAACAGCAGUUGAACAACAACAGCUGAUCAUUAUCCAAAACACUAACACAUACAGUAUAUUUAAGCUGUUCCUUCAGAUGAACACGGAUGUAACUACCAUGCAAAAAUCUACCUGCAAAGCCUUAAAACUUGUUUGAAUCCAUGUCUGCUUUGACUUGCUUUGCUUUGACUAAAAACAGCUGUUAUUUCAAAUAAGACCAGUGAAUAACUAUUUGAAGCAUUACACAAACGAUAUGAAACAGACACCUCAAAGUUCAUUAACAUGUACAGUAUUUAGCAUAGACCUUUGAGGAUUUAAAAUAAAUCUAACCUGAUUGUAUUUUAGUCAGAAAUUGUGUCUGUUAUCUAAGAAGCUUGUACAGUACGAGUAAAACUUGUUCAAAAGUUGACAAAGUAAUUAGGAGUUACUUACACACAUGUGUAACAUGUUUUAAAAGUGGGUAAUUAUGAAACAUCACCACAGCACCACAGUCAAUCCAUCAGUGAUAGUUAAUCCCUUCGUACUUCCCGACAUUUUCUCUGCAGGUAACCCUCUUCUUCUGAGAUACAGGACAUACAUCUGUGUUGAAUUCUCAACAUUCUCCGGAUAAACUGCGAGGCAGCUUACUCGCCUUUCUCGCAGAGGUUCAGAAGAGCUCUGUUUUGACUUGUCUUGCUUAAUUGCGGUGUCAAUUAAAAUAUUUUUCGGGAACAUCACGCAGGGGGGCGGGGGCCACGAGGAUUGCGAGAGGCUCGUUCUUGUUCACAGCUGUGCAUCGCCUGCAGUGCUGAUACAGAGCCAGGAAGAGACCGCAGGGUUGAGCUGCUGAGAGAGCUAAACUUGUGAGCAGCCAAAUAGGAGCCUAAGAGGUCUGUCCAAAUCAGAUUAACUCUUCUUCUUUUUUUUAAGUAGGUUCCAGAGAGCAGUGACUGAUGGGUACUUUUAUCAUGAUGUAAAUACAAAGCGUCAGAAGUGUGAUAUUUCUGAACUCUUUGAUUUGUAGUGUGGAUUGACGGAGCGGUCUUUAGUUGAUGAAAAUGAAAUGAAUGGAUGAAUCCAGACAGGACAGCAUGCAGCAGUGCCCUGACUAUUGAGUUUAAAUCCCACUUAUUAAGAAAAAUGUAAAAAUUAACUGUAUAUAGUAUACAGCACACUUGUUGGUGACAGUGUAAGGUCAUUUUUUCUUUAGGAUUGAAGCAAAACCAUGAAUUCAUUCUACAUUACAGCUGCAUUAACCUCAAACCAACUUUUAUUUCAGUGAGUGAAGCAACACAUCCUUUAUUUAUGGUAGAACAUCUCAGACCUUGUCGCCUAUACAUGAAAUAAAUAAAAAAUUAACCCAGUCAGGGGUGUGUAAUUAAAACUAACUAUCUAAUGAAGCUCAACCUUUACGGCUACAAUCUUCCUCUAUCAAGUCCUUGUUUUAUUACACAUACACACACCUCUUUUACCAUUCACCUUGUGAUGGCGAGGUCAUUAGCUCUUAGAAAUUUUAAGAUUGUUCUUAAUUGUAUUUUAAACCUUUUACCGUAACUUAGGAGCUGUUAGACCUUCAAACACACAGAUCUGUCACUUACCUGUAGUAACAUGCCUCAAACAACACAGACCUUCAAGUUUAUUUAACACCAUGUUCUGUCUGGUCUGAACACCUACCAAGGUCCUAGCUCUAUAGGGGAGCCCUCGAGGCAGUCAGAGUGGAAUAUCACUCAAAACUGGGUUAGAGAUAACAGCAGUUAUCUCAGUUACUCUUGACUCCCACUCAAAGUGAACAUUUGUUUUUGUCGUGAACUCCUCCCUGCUGGUUACUUGUCUGGAUCAUCCUGAACCUGCUCAGAACAAAAGCUGUGCUUCGGUCACUUUGCACUCUAGACUUCCGACCUCUCCCGCAGCUCAUUUCCUACAGCCAGAGCUGCUCAAGAGGAGGGCUGAGGGGUCACGGGGAAGGAUAUCCUGGCUGUCAGUCAGACGUCAGAGCUGUCAGGUGUGUCUCGCUAUUGCAGAGUUGAACCUGAGCAGGGAAAGACUGGCAAGUCAUUAAAAUCUUGCAGAGAGGCGAGUUUAGAUUUUUGCCCAGGCUUACUAUAUUUCCACAGCUGUCAGUUUGUCUGCAUGUCUGCUGCCACAUGUGGAUGUCACCUCUGGAGUUGGACGACUUUCCUUAGAGUCAUAAAGUCAUAAAGCAGGGAGAAUAAGAAAUGGGUGCGGUUCGGUUUUUCCUCUCAAAAGCUUUUUAUUUCUGUGAAGACUCAGUGAUGAUGGGACAGAAAUGGUUAAAGGUCUCCUAUUAUGGCAUUUUUCAUGAAGUUUAAAUUGGCCCCAGAGGUAGUAUAGUAGUAUAGUACAAUAGUAAAUUUGAAGUUUGUUGUCUAAAACUCCAGUUAAUUUGUGGAUAUCAGCCAGCCUGUAUCCCCCUCUUUUUGAGCUCCACUGAGAAUGGGCUGAUUCUGCGCCUGUACCUUUAAAUAAUAAUGAGCCAUGUGUAACCAUCUUCCUCCCCAAUGCCACUCUGAGCUGCUGGCACCGCCACAUCAGGAGCGGUGGUCUGGAGAUUUUCUGAGGACCUCUUCAGAGGACUUCCAGACCACCGUGGCUGGAAGCACCAGCCUGCCUCCGCUCCCCCUCACGGGAAUAAAAGUAAAUAGAAGUGAGUCCGAAGAUGAAUACCAACGAUAGUAAACACGCGAUUCCAGCCAAAGCACUAGUCAUACAGGUGGCAGUAAAGCAACAUAAAAUGGUAAAACUUACAGCUUCCAUGUUUGAAGUUGACACAGACAGUCAGUACGGAUCCAGGUUUUAUCCUCAGCUUCUUAGCAAAUCCUGCUUUGUACUGCCCCUCGUUGGUAAAACAGUCCGUGGUGAAACAGUUUUCACACAUAUACAACAUUUCCGGAGUUGUUGUGGGUACAUUUCCAUCAAAAUAAAAUUAAUCCACUGGGUCCUCAAAUCUUACGAUGAAGGAGGCAGAGAAAGACUCCUGUCUUUGUUUGUGCAGCCAAGAACCAUGCAGCGGCUCGGCCGUAGCUUCGAUAUGGUUGCUGUACCAGAGGGGCGUAUGCAAGGGGAAAAAAUGGCGGACGCUACAAUGAAGUUUUAGAGGGCUGGGCUAAUGAUUAUCGGGGGCGCUGCCACCAACAUGUAGGAGGGGCUUAUGCGGUUAUGUCGUCAUAACCGCACAGCUUUUCCAUCGCCCCACACUCAUGUUUUCAGAAAAGAGGGGAAAGCAAGAGAGAGAGAGAGAAUGAGAAUUUUUUGUGUGUGUAACCAUCCAAAAGUAGAUUUUUCAUAAUAGGGGACCUUUAAUCUGUGACCGUUAAAUUGAUGCAGAAGAACCUGAUAAAGUGAGAAGUAUCUGCACAGAGAUUUUUGUGUGUUUUUCCUCCUCUUUUUGAAGGAAGUGCCUGCCAUCACUGCACCACACCACCUCAGCUCUGAGACCCUGGAGGGGGUAUGGUAUUGAAAAUAAAGAUCAGAUACUCCACAACACUUGAAGUCUUGGUUCUUUGACAGAGAUACUUUUUACCUGGAGUCUCAGUGGCUCUGACCGGUAGGGAAAGCAGGCAAAGUGAGUCUGCUGGGGGACAUGUAUUGUAGUCCUGUGAACUUGUUUUCAUAUACUCCUCUCCUCCCAUCAGCCCCCUGAUCCCCUCACACUGGCUGCCUUCUGCUGUUAUGCUGGCCUCAAAAGUUAUAAAUGACUGGGAAUUUGUAGGUCUUUUAUGGGUUUUUUUCGGGGAGUUUCUUUGUUAGCUUCAAAUGUUCGAGGUCAAUAAAAGGUUACCGAGCACCCAGAAGAAUCAUGGAUGUAUGAAGAAGUUUGUUUUUAAAAUGAUAAAAGGAAUAGGGAGAGUAUAUCACACCACCAAACAGAGGAAAACAACUGAAUAGUUGAAGAAUUGAAAACCUGUCAAGUAAGAAGAGCUUGUUUUCAAAAGGAUAAAUUACACUUUUUUUUUUUUUUUUUUUACACCUGGUUGUAGUUUAACACUGUAUGAUAGCUGCAGUGUUGACCUCUAAGUGCACUCAGUCUCUGGAAGAGAUUGCAGCCUGUGACAGUCCAUGAUGCCGCCCCAUUAGCUGAGAUAAGGCAGCGAGGGAUUGAGAAGCUCAGAUCAAUGAGUCAUUAUGUGAAGUGCAGAGCUCUUGCCCCAAACGCUGCCAGAGUGGGAUGCUUAUAGUCAUGGCUUAGCGGCUACACAGCCCAGCAAUCCAUCAGCUGCUUUCCACCAACCUGUAGUGCGGCUAUCCUGGAGGAAAAACCUGGCAGGAUUUUCUUUGGAUUAGCAGCUGAUUCCAUGUCAAAUGUGCUAUCCAGGAAUAAUGAGACAGGGCAUCAACCCUUUCACCUGACACUUUUCAGACUGCCUAAGCAGCCAGCAGGUUUAUUACCAUGACAUGGUUUACUUUAAUUCCCAUUUAUGGACUAUGCUUUCUUGUGGAAUGAAGUGUUUACACAAGGUUUGGCUUUCUUCUUACCUCUGUAGUCGCAGGUGUUUGUUCAUGUGAAAAGAGGACUUUGAUUUUCAUAAAGAAGGGCGUGACUAAGACAAGAUGGACAUUUAACAAGCGUUUUUCACUCAUUAUAGAUCAUUUUUGAGGCUUUUUGAGCAAAAAUCUUAUUUGUUAUGUAACUGAAAACCAAGGGGAAUUCGUCAUAAUCUCACACUGCACAAAUAACAAAGAAAAGAAGCUUAAUUUGACUGUAAACUCUAUGAGGAAUGUUUACAAUAGACAUCAUUGUAUAUAAUUAUAUUUUUUAUCUGUCUUUUCUAAAUAAGCUUGGCUCAGUCAGGCAUAUGAGAGAUACACUGAGUCUUAUUGAGUCAGCCAAACUUUAUUUUGUAAUUAAAAAAUAGCCAUGAUUUAAAAACUAGCUUAGACAUUGAGCACAAAUAUACACACACAAUAUAUAAAUUAGGGGUGUCCCGAUACAACUUUUUGACUUCCAGUAUGAUACAGAUAUUGUAGCCUUCAAUACUGACCAAUACCGAUAUCCAUACCAUAUUGGCAGAAAAUUGUGCAUGACAAGUUUUUCACUCAGAUGCAAUGUCUUUUCGGACUUAAACAGAAAUACCAACACAAGGCCAUCAUCACUCCUUCACCUUAGUACACACUGUUGUUGGGAUUUUGUGGACUCAGCUUGCUGGAUCAGGGCGCUGCUAGAUAGAGGUACCGGAGCGGAGUCUGGAAUGGACUGCUUGUAUCGGAGUGCUGAUGUCGGAGAUUUUGGAUGUAGGUCGAUAUAAUCCGAUAUUUGUUUUUUUUUUUUUUUUUUCUGAUAUCGAAACAAUAUUUGAUAUCAAUAUCGUAUUUGGAUACCCCUAAUAUAAAUCUGAUUUAAUUUGCACAUAUGUGACGAUGACUACUCUUUUUAUGAUGCUUUGAAUGGCACAAGUCACACAGGAUCUGAUCUUAUAGUGUGGCUACCUUCAUAAAUCAGAUGCAUGUAACAUCCUUUGACCUCUGGACAGAAAACAUGAGACUGACAUAGUGAAGGAAGUCCGUCCUCCUCACUAUCAUCUGUAUAUAUUUUGCUGACUUCCACUGCACAUCACCUCGAAACAUAAAACUGAGCUGUGCUUUCAUAAGUUGCUGCCAAACCUUAUUUCUGUAAACACUUCGCUGCAAGGGACGUCUUUGUGCAUCUUUGUGGGUCAGUUCAGAGCUAUCAUCGGAUCACACAGGAGUCUGACUUGAGUCUUUAAAAAGUUAAAAAGAGCAAAACAAAAAUCUCAUCUUAUCUAAUCAGCAAUAAAACCAAAUUAAGCUGCGAUGCUUGCAAUGUGAACAUAGUCUUUGAUAAACUGUUAUAGGGUCAUUCCAUGUCAAUUCAACCAAGAAUCUCCACUCACGUCACAGAUUUUGAUGAAACUUGGUGGAGUGAUUGGCCUUCAGGAGAAACUGUCAGAUCUCAAAUAUUUUUGUACAAAGCCAUCUAAUUAGUUAGAUAGGGGCUCAUGAAUAUUUGGCUAAUUAGCAUGACAUGCGUUACAAAAGUGUUCAUAUCUGGAAGUAUGGCACCCAGAGAGCUGAUUCAGGUGUCAUUUUAAAGCUCUCUUCAAGUUCUAUCUUUUUGUUCGCAACAUUUUUUCCCAAAUUGGACCACAAAAAAAAUUAUAAAAGACCAAAAGCUUAAAUUGGUUGAAUUGACAUGGAAUGACCCUAUAGAAAGAGUUACUGCAGUUUGUUCUGCAAGAUCCCUCUCUCAUCCUCUUCACAAAUAGACUUCCCACUUUAAAUGCCCUCUCCUCCCAGAGGCUCCCUGGUCCCUUAAUAGCCACUCGUCUGUGUUCCUCUCUGACUGGGUUUUGGCUGAUAUUGAUCAAACUUGAAAGGGGAGCCCUUAAGUGAAUGUGUAAAAAGUCCUGGUAAUCAAUGAUUGACAGUUGGUAUUUCCUUCAUCAAGGUCACUUUGCCAAUUUCAGAGUAUAGAGGAGCUGCGAGGCAAUCAAGUGAUGAGUGAGGGAGAGGGUUUGUUUUGUCUCUUCAGAUUUUUCUGUACCAGAGGGAGGUCAAGCCAAGAGAACAACUUUCAAUCAGAGUCAUACUUGAGCUUCAAGAGCAGGACACAAGCACGGCUGAAAGGAGAAACAGGGAUAAAUCUAUCUUUGUGCCAGGAGUGUAUCAGCACCUAGCUAGACAUGGUGCUGUUUGGAUGUACUGCCUCAAAUCAGCAUUGAAACUGCAGCUGUAGUUAAAAUUAAAACACAACAAAAGUGCUUUUAUUCAUCAGAAUAAAAACCUGUGGUGUAGGAUUUCUUACCAGGAAGUAGCUUUGUCACCUGGUCUUAUGCAAAAUCACUUAAUACAUCCUGACAUUUCCUCUGGAUGUGUUCAUAUAACAGCUGUUGGCUAAAUGGGGUCCUUCUGGGCUGCCAGUGAAAGGUAAGAGCCAGGGAUAUACCACCUUUGACCCUCUUAUAUGUCUGUACAGCUCUCUGUGCGGAGAGAGAAUUCAUAGAGGUCCCACCUUUGCAGACUGAAUUUAUUUGGCUGGGGGUGAGUGAGAAAAAAUGAGAACCUCCUUGAUUUAGAAAGCAUAUUUUCUGCGUUAGGAAAGGAGUAAAAUGUUCACAGUGGGCUAAAGGAGGCCACACUGAGGGGGUUUGAAAGAAGGGGAAUGAGGAUGCAUUGGCUGUGUGGUUCUGUUUUCGUCUCAGAGGGUUAAGGUUUUGGCCAACAUAGCUAGAAAGAACACCUCCAUAUUCCAUCUCAGAGGAACCAGUAUGGACCUUUCACACGCUUCUUGCUUUACCCGUUCCACACCUUCCAUUUGGACUUACCUCAUCCCUGUUCUGAUUGUUUCACAUGUGUGGGGGAAUUGUCGUCAUGGACACUUUGAAUCUGUAUCUUUUUUUUUACAUUUUGCCUGAACUCCUCCUCCUCCUGCUGCUGCUGCAUGUCUAAACCAGAAGGAGUCACACUUGUUUGUGUGCGAGAUACUUAACUCGCGUGUAGAAAUGCACAUGCUAUGCCUAUUAUCUGCACAUGUGUGAGAGAUGGAGGGAUGAGGUCUAAGAAGGCAUGCACACAAACACAUCUCUCCCCCCACCCUUCCUCCCUCCCUGUCUGUCUGUCUGCUGCUCUCUUUAUCCAUGUCCUGCAGUCAGCAGGCUGAUUUUAUCACCUUGUUAGCUGCAGGGAGAUUACCAGUGACAAACUGGGAUGGCUAAAUCGGCUUGGUAAACUCACUGACCCUUAAACCUCAGUCCUCCUCUGCUACUGUCUCCUUAACAUCACCUUACAUGGGCAGAAAGCAGUCGACCACAGGAACGGUUUGACGCUCAGAAAAGCUCUUUGUGAAGACUGAAUUGAAAUGACCAAAAUCAGGGCUGUGUACUUGUAAGGAGGUGUGGAUGACUUUGUUGAACAAGGAAAAUGUGAAAGAUUUAUACGAUUACAGCUGCCACUUCUUUAGAUGGGAGGUUAAGGUUACGGCCAGUGUACAGGUGCUAACAUUUACAAACUGGGAUUUUUUUUUUCAUUAAAAAGGCCCCAAAACAGAAAAUUGUCAGUCGGGGACAAACACCUUUACCAGAUUAAUUCCUCUCAUCUUAAGGGAACCUAUUAUCUCGCUCUGAGUCUGAAAGAGGAUAAGAGUGCAGAGCCCUGGAAGGCCCUUAAAACAGCCGUGGUUUACGAAAGGCAGGAUUAUAACAUCAGAGAGCACAGUUGACUUUUUCUCCUUAGUGUUUUUUUUUUUUAAAUCCCAGAGCAGGUCCCUUCUGGUGUUUGUAGGACUGUGAAAGCUGAGAAUAAGAUUUCCUCAAAGAUGAAAAUUGAACAUUACAAGUGUGUCUGUCAGUUUUCAAAAAUGACAAAAGCUCAACACUGGAUGGUCCGAGGCUACAGGUUGUGAAAGGAAGCUUUUUCAAAGCUAUUAAGCCAUCCAACAAGCUCUUUAGCCCUAUGACUCUAUUCCCAUGAGCCCAUUUGUUAGUAAUGCAGACACUUUCAGAACUUCCACUGACUGAUGGACCCAGCAAAGCAAGGGUAAGCCGAAAAACAAAGCUGUUUAUGAAGGACCAAUCCCCCUUUUUUUCAGAUGAGUGCUCUUUGAAUAGAGAAAGUAACUGAUGAGGCAAAAAGUGAUGCUGCUGCUGACAUAAGCAUGGAAAACUGGAGUUUGUCAUCUAAUCCCACUUCCUGUCACCUAAGCCUGGGAAUUAGGGAAGCAUUGGUACCAAACUGAUGCCCUGCCUUUGUUUAAAGAAAUGCUGAACUAGAGGGAUGACCACUCUGUUCCGUCUGUAUCAUCCGCCUCAUCAAAAGCAUGACUGAUGGGCUACAGAAACUACACGGCAAAUAAAAUGUUAAGAAUUUUCCGCCCAGCCACAACUUCUUCUUCUCCUGGACCCCCCGGGGAACAGGAAGAUAAGCGCUGAGGUGGCACACUGUGUACAUACUCAGGAUGAGGGAUCAGCAGGAGCCUGGUGGGAGGAUGAGACCUGGAGCAGAGCCACAAUGGCUGCUGUCACAAGCUGUCCUGUCUUCCUGUCAUCCUCAGGAAGGGGCUGGAACAACUGGCCUCCCACACUGUGACCCCACGCUGCUCCAACAAACAAGGCAUUCAUAACCUAUGGGCACUACAGUGGGUCUCUGGUGUCACAUACAUUAGCUUGCUAUAUCCUGUGUCUGAGCGAUUGUAAAUCAGCCGCUGGCCUGUCAGGGAGCACCUGAAAGACAAAGAGUUGGAUUGUUGCAUUGAGACAUUUUUCAGCUCUGCCUGCCUUUUAGGGCCAGUUUCAAGCUGCCAAGAAAGUCUUUUUUCCCUUUAUAGUCACAGUUUUCAGGGUUCAUACUGCACAAAAUUAUACUAUCUGCUUUUUUCCUCUUUGGAUGGAAACUAUUAGGAUUACUGAGAAUAAAGAUUUAUUAUAGUGGAGUAAAUAAUCCUCAUUGAGUGAAUGUCAGACUGUGGAAGUUCAGACUUUCUUCUAAACUUCUGUACCUAAAAUGCAAGUUCCUGUAACUUUAAUACAACUGAAUUUAAAAGGUUAAUCUGUGGUGUUAAGUGCUGGUUGACACUGGAUUAAUUGGCCUACAGCUUUAACACUUGAACUACCAAGGCAGUCAUUUUGACUGCUUUCAAAAUUUACAAUAUCAUAACUUUUUAGAAAUAAAACCUAUGCACCAGUCACACCCUGACUUUCCUAAAUGUGUGUAUAUUUUAUUCUAACAUUGUUUUAUCAUUAAAAUUCCAAAACACAAAAGAGAUCUGAGUAUUUCUACCUCGAACUACCGGAGAAGUCAAAUUGACUGCAUGCUUUUGAUAAAUGGUAUUAUAUAUUUCAACAUUUGCUACAUUUUUCUCCUGCUCUAUUUUUUGUUUUGUAUUUUAAGCUCCGUAAAGCUUAAAUCUUGCUGUAACUUUACUCAAAACUCAAGAGACUCAAAAAUGACAACUAGAAGAAAAAUGACAAGUAUGGAGGCUUUAGCCUUGCUUCAGAGCCUUGAUGGGGAAGAAUGAUGGAUGAGCAAAUUCAGGGAAUGACGUGUCUUGGUAUUUUGAGGAAGAUUCUUAAAAAUCUCAUUCAUUAUAAUUUUCAUUUUGUGUACUGAUGUGUUGUUUAUCUGUUCCACCAAUGUAUUAAUAGUUUUUGUUGUUGAUUAUCCAAAUUAUGUGCAAAUAAAGACUGAGCAGUCAAAAUUACUGCCAUGGUCGUUCUAGUAGUUGGAGAAUUUUGGUAGACCGAGUGUUAAAUGCUUGUUCUCACAGUCUUCUUUAUCUAUUCAAGUUCAUUUUUCCAGGAAAGCUGUCUGUCCAGAUAAUUAUUUUCUUACAUUCCCAAAGAGACUGAGUUGAAGACCUCUUCACUUUAACUAGUUUAACCUCCUUCAGAGAGAGGGAGGUCUUUAUUACAACGAUGCGGACUCUGUCUCCAAGGUGGAACCAGACCGCAGAACCCAAGACAGCAGAGUGUGUCUCGUCCUCUUGAGUGUGUCUAGUACAUGCUGAUGAUAGUGUGACAUGAAGUCGAGACAAGCCAGGUUGAGAUAAGGCAGGCCAAAGGUAACAGGACUUCUUCAGUUUGGGCUUUACUCUUUUUGUUUCUGCUUUUCAUUUGUUCCCCUGACACAGAGACUUGAGCGCACGCCUGGUUCCUCUGCACUAAAUCAGCAUUAAAAUGAAUUUACCGUGCUCGAUGUAUUCAGGAAACCAAAAGGUAUGCAUAUAACUGUGGCUAGACAGAUAUAAAAUAACCAGUGAUUCAUUGGUUCACUGGGUGUAGUAAUUCAUAGAUCAUGUGGAUCUCCAUUGAGCUGGAUUUGAGAGCUGGCAAGUGUAAGCGUGAUGGCAGAGAGGUUACAACCCAGAGCCCAGUGAGUCAUGCUCUACAUAUACUCACUCUCUCUUUUUGUCUUUACUCCUGUUCAAUACGGGCUUAUUGCAAUUCUAGACAAGCUGUCCAGUAAUGCCACUUUACCCCAGGCAAUCCCUGUUUCCUGAUUCCACUCAGGCUGAGGAGAGAUAACCCUGACCCUGAGCUAAUCCCAGAUUAAACCAGAACAUAAAGCACUGCCACUGCAACACAGCGACCUCUGACCUCAGCACGUCUCCUGGCUCAGGCUGCAGUAGCCCUGCUGACCAGCACGGGCAGGUUUCACCAAACACUGUCCAGGAGGAGGGGGGGUGUAGGCUCAUUUUUACCAUUUCAAGAAAUCUCAUGACUUAAAUUGUCUGUAGGUGAAGGCAGCAACCAGUAACUUGGACUGUUUCCUGUGUCUGAAAAUCCAAGUGAUUCACAAGAGCAGUCUAAGGUCGCUGCAGGAUUGCCAGACUUGACAUGUGAGAUGGGAAAAGGGACAAAACAUGUCACUGUUGAGCUGGAGACUGUUAAUAAAACAUAUGUCAGUAAAAACAGAGCUAUGUUUGUGCAGAUGUGUGCGAUUAGAUCGAGACUCUCUUGGGAGGAUCCCUUUCCUCACCACUUCUCUCCAUUUCACAUCCUCCUCAGCUGGAUCUCCAUCUUUAAAUGUUUCUGUUAAAUCAAGGAAGGAUGAUGUUCAUUUGUUUGGAGAGGAAGCUCAGGUGUACACCGUUGGCUUUAGACACUUUAAGUGUUUCAAUAUGGAGAACUGAGCAUGAGGAAAAACUGCAGGAAAAAAGCAGUAUGUCAGCUUCAGUUUCAUCAUGGAUCCUUGACUGAAUCUUUUUUUUCAGAUAGUUUAUUAAAAAUCCUGUAAAAGAGAAAAUCUGUCUUCUAUUUCAGGAGUUAACUUAAAAAUGAAGACAAGUGUGCAUCUUCACACCAACCCCCUGACCCUCUCCGCCUGUCAGUCAGGGUGCUGGGUUUGGCAGUCUGCAGCAGAGGGGCUUAGGUGAUGGGAGCCAGAGGCCUUGUGAUAAGGCAAUCUCUCCGCUUGAGAGCUCAUCAGAGCUGACAGUGAAUACAAAUUGGUGCCAUUAGCGUGGGGGGCUGUUGGACAGAAGAGGGGCAGGGCACCACAGUGGCUCCUAAUAAUAGAACGGUUGAGCCCCCCCAGAUUGACAAGGGAGUGGUGGACCACACUGAGGCCUGAUAAUAAUGGUGUGGUGAGGGUUUUAGACAUAAAGAUCAUGGACUCUUAACUGCGAUGGUCAAUGAUGUCGGCUAUUAGUGCUUUUGGUGUGUGUUCGUUGUGAUCGCUGAAAAUUAAUGUGUUGAGACAAUUAAGCGUCCAAGCCGAGAAAUCAUAAAGCAUGUUCAGAAAUAAGUGUUUGAAAUAACUCUCGUUCUUCUGCUGUAUUAUACUUCUCUCUAUUGUGUAUUCUCUGUAUUCUUGCAUUGAAAGCUGGAGAGAAAUGAUCUUUCCCAUUUCAGUGUAUGCACGCAUAUAUGGAAAUAAAAAAGCUUGAAUCUAAAAUUAAUUAAAAUCUGAGAAACUUGAAGCCUAACUCUUCUAAAGUCAUUGGAAAAGGACAGCUGGUUAAAUGCACCCAGUGGAUAAAGUUUUACGUCAGAUAAUCUGACCCAAACGUCUUAUAAAACCACAAACUGUAUUUCGCAAUGUGAUUUGUUUCUUGGGAAAAUUUGAUGCUGCCUUCGUUGGGACAGGCUGCACUUAAAAUGUAGAAUCCAGUGUUUUUAUGUUAAAGACCUAAAAUAGAAAAUGAACCAUAACUUUACUCCCAAAGAAUAAUAAAAGAUCAUAUUGUAGCUGAAACUCUCCAGCCCCUCGCAAACUGCCCCCAAGAGAAUCACAUGAAGAGUUGUUCAAAUCUAAAAAUACGCACAAUCUCUCUGGAGCUCAGUUUUCUCUUUGAAAUGUUCCUUUUUUUCGAGGUAGAAGUCUAAACUUUAAGACCUGUGUCAUUCAAAAUAUGUUCAGUGACAAGAACAGCAGCAUUGUGCAGCAGUGUAAGAAAGUGACAGAAAUCUAAUCCUUAAAAGGCAGAUUAUGUUUCAAAGUACACUAUAAACUGGGCAGACAGUCCAUAACAGUGAAUAAGUAGAAAAUAUUGUGUUACAGUAACUGCGCAGGGUUGCGCGGCAAAACUACCUGAUGCACCUCAGUGUCAAAUUUGAAGUCAAAUGAUGAAAAAAAUCAUCUGUGUUGAUUCUUGUAGAUAUAAGGCAGGUUUUUGUACAGACAUGCUCUUAUGUCUGUGCUUUCUCUCUGAUCAGCAAGCUGCCUCUCCUGUCUCUUCACCAAGAUGCACACUCACAUACACACACAUAUGCGCACACACCACACGACAUAUUUUAGCAAAGCUUGGCGAUGUCUCUGAGAGCACUUCACAAAAGAUUACCAUUCCUUUAUCAGCCGAGCUCUUCAGCAUUUACCAGCAGGUCACAUCAUAUCUCUGGAUCCUCUGCCCUUGCAUAUUUGUUAUCUGCUGAACGAUGCGUCCUAUCUGAUGUGACACUGCGGCCGAGCCUCUGACCGCUUUUAUUAUCCUCCGUCCCACAGAGUUACUAAGCCGAGGCGAGCAGCUGCUGUGUUCACAUGCUGUUAUCGUUCCUUUUCAUUUAGCGGCACAGCUAACCUCAUACUCUCUCUCAAGUAAUCACACUGGCAUUCUUUAACAACGGUGUCACUUCUCGACUGGCUUUGAAGCGUGCAGCUCACACAAGACCAAACCACUCCUGUAAACGUUUGCCAUGAACACUAAUUGUGUUGAAAGGAGCUGAUAAAGGACAGUAGAGGCAAGACCUGAUAGAACUGAUUAUAAAUGGCUCAAACCAUUUAUGCACCAUUAACCAUUAGUGCAGGGAUUUUCAGCACCAGGUCUGCCCUGGUAUUAGGUAUGUUAUUAUUUUUUAUCUCUUUGUAAGAAAUACCAACAGGAGAUUUAGAAAAAUUAAGACAAGGGAGAGAACCACAGCAACAGGUGUCUGGAUAUAAGCCGAUCCCACUCCUGCUGUUCAAACUCAACAAAUAUCAGAAUAUUUCUGAAUUAGGGCUGGACGAUAAAACGAUAACAAUAUAUAUUGAAAAUUAAUUUUCCUCAAUAUCAAUAUAAAACAUAGUCAAUAUGCUAUUUGAUAGUCAGCGUUCUGCAUUGUUUUGGUAGACUAUGCGAAUAGCCAAUGAAAAAGGGACUUGCUCCAGGUUCGCUUCGCGCUAAACAAUCAUGUGCUGAAUUAGAACCAAGUAGCAAACAACUGUGUAGAAGCAGGAUGCAGCUACACGCAACUAUAGCACUUUAACACAUAAAGCUGACAGCAUCGUCAGUGAGAAAAAAAGAAAAUGAGCGCUACCCUCAGCAGAAAUGCAGAUGAAGGCUCAACAGAUGAUGACAUUUUUGAGCUCAGAGUUCCCGCAAAUUUGGGGUAUACCUCAAGUCUUUUUCACCACCUGAAGCAGUACCACACGGCAGAGCAUGCUCAAUGCAGAAGGUUACAAACCUCGAGUGGAGCAAGGAGCUCAUGGUGCCUGUGUAGCCAAAACAGCUGACCAUUCAGUCAGCCUUAAGACAAAACAUUGAAGAGUCACAAAGACCUCACAGAUGCAGUAGCUUAUUGUAUUGCAAAAGACACACUACCAAUAAGCACUGUUCAAUUUCAUUGUGAUAUAUGUCAAUAUCGACUGAUAUAAAAAAAAUAUAUCAUGAUAAACUUUUCCCCAUAUCGCCCAGCCCUAUUCUGAAUAGACAAACUGUACCCAAAUAACACAUCUGUUGACACAUUUUGUAAACUUUACACAAUAAAAGCAGCAGCUUUUCUUAAACGUUAAAUACCUCAGCGCAGGCCUGUAUGCUUGAGAAAACAUCUAUGUGAUUGAAGUACAAUGUAACACCUUCAGGUAGAGGGAGUAGCCAUGAAAGAAAAGAUUAUUCUCAGACCACUGCUGAAAUCACAGCCAAAGUAAGCCAUGCCACAGCAGGAUGGAUACUAAAAGAAAAAGGCUUUCCUGAUCACACAGCAGAUAGCAUCUGUGUUUGAAUUAGUCUCAUCCUUCAGUGGUUUUCAGAUUUGUUUGCAUUAUCUAAAUACCAAAACUGUGCUUGAGAGACAAAAUACACAUCAAACAGGAUACGUGGGCUGCAGACACAAACGAGACAGAUCAGUGACUGAGACCUAACCAAUGAUAACAUUUUCAAGUAAUGCGUGUCACUGUAACUCUCGAGAACCUUGCGACACUGUUACUGGUGGUAUCUCAAAACAUCCCUGCUCAUUGUUUACUGCAGACCAACCGCCGCCUGGUAAAGCUCUAGGGGUAAUUCGUGCAGAGCUCUACUGUUCCUGUUGAACUGAACGUAACUUUGAAAAAGUAAUAAGUCAAUCUUUACCAAAGUUUCCCCCCUCUGCUGACAGCAUUCAAAAUAUUUGGCCAGGGUUUCUGACAAGUGCUGCCUUUGAUGUGUGAGAGCAAGCCACCUCUCCCGCCCCCUGUUAAACACUCUAAUUAUCACUGCUGCCACUCCGCUGUGUGUGAACUAACACACCCCUCUCUGACGGCUUGGAAAUUGCCUGAGGACCUUGCUCAGGUAGUGCAGCUUGUUUAUGAUGUGCUGGAGGCUAACAGGGUACGUCUGUCACUUUAUUUUUACAAUCUAAGCAAACUGAAUAAAACAGUGUUCGACACAAGACUUUUGAAGUCGGUGUUUAUUUCACAACAAAACACUUCAGUUUUUUCGUUGGAGCUGCAGUGCCCCUCUGUGAAGAUGUGUCGAUUUAAAGACAGGCUGUUGCAGUAGCUGCAGUUUCUAAUUAUCAGCUGUACGUUCCACGAGGGAAAACCACAGACCCGUGAAUUGAGCAGGUGAUUGUGACACACGUCAUCGCUCCUUUCCUGUUUAGUGUCUUUAGACCGCAAACUUUUGUUUCUCCCCAUCACCAUCCCCCAUCCUCCUUAUUUUCUGUAGUUGCCUUUGGGGAGCAGCAAGCUUCAGGCACUGACAUGCUUUUCACUGUCUGCAUCCAGCACUUUUAAUUUACUCCAGUUAAAGCCAGAGUGUGCAGAGGGCUGUAACCCCAGUGUCAGUGUCACAUGUGUGCUGCACUGUCAAAUGGCUGGAUGUGUAAUUAGUCCUCACCCUCUAUUUUUCCUCUUUAAUGUUUUGUUUAAACUCUCGACCCAGAGUUUUUCAUGAUCCAAUCACUUCUUGGUUAGUUGCCUAGAAAUGUAUGAGUGGUAGGGGCUGUGAACUGUCAAAUAACACUGCUUUCAGUGAUCAGUCCUUAAUUAGAGAAACCAAGAAGGAUGCACUAAGGGCUUACAAUGAUUCAUAAAAUCUAGCCCUUUCUUGCCCUGACAGUAUGGGGAAAGAUCAUUUCAUAGAAGACAGCAGCAGCCAGUUUUCUCUCUUAUUUCUGAGGAUGUGAUCGAAAGAGUAUAUCGCAUGCCAGUGAACUUUUCCUGUCCAAACAUAUUUCCAAAGUAAAGUGGGCCCGUUGGCUAUUAAUUUUAGAUGGAGAGAUAUGCUAUAACAUGCAGGCCUGCAGCCCCGGAGAUCAUCGUCAGCAGCCAAGUAUUCUCUCAGGAGGAGGAGGGCUGGCUCUGCCUGACAGUGAGGCAUGUCUCUCCUAUACAGUGUGUUUCUACACCUCAUUUAACCAGGCAGGCUGACAAAAAAUACAUUUUUUAUUUAUCAUGUUCGGUGGAAGGGGCUGCAGACAGCGGGACAACUGCAGUGCUUUUCAGUACAACCACUGCAUUGUCCACCAGGACGCUGUCCAGCUGAGAGUGCAGUAAGAAGAAGUCUGCGAACAAGAACAAGUUCAUACAAAAAUAGGAAGCCAUUUCUGAACUUACUGAACCGGGAUUUACAGGUGAACAGUCACAAAAGCCUGUGUUCAAGGUCAGAAAACAAAUUUAGUGAAUUCAGUCAGAUACACUUGUGCUCUUUGGCUUCUUCAAUGCUGCUGUGUUUCCCUCCUGAACAAAUCAGUGUUUCUUUUUCAUGAGAGGAUAAAAGCUGACUGGUCAAACUACCUUAUGACCUCGAACAUGGAGAAGCUGAGCUGUCAGGGAUGGUGUAUGUGUGGGAUGUUUUCAGUCAUUGUUGUGUAAAGAUGAGAUUUUUGAUGGCCUUACUGUACAGACUGAGUAUCAUGAAGGCUGUUUGGAUUCAUAUAUCAUGUCAGAAUAUAAAGUGAAAACCAAUGGCUAUAAAAGACCCACAAUCGAUUAGAAGAAAGUAUAACUACUGAAGAAACUUUACAUCACUUUAGACAUUAAAUUCAACUGGUCUGCAGCCCCCAUACAAAAGAUGGGGUACAUAGAGGCAGCUUAAUAUAACAAUAUAACAACAUGUAUCACUUCAUUAAAACACAUUCGAUGUACUAAUCCAUAAUGCUUGUAGUAGCUAUGCUAUGCCUGUUUUAUGCUCUUUAUGUGUAAUUGAUAAAUGAUCCGGCACAUUAAGCAACAGAAUCAAUUUGUCUAUAAUGUAUCUUAAGGGAAAGUUGGGUUGCUUAUUUUAGGUUCAAAACAAACUGUACAGUAACACAAUACAGAGUAAGAAAAAGUAAAUUGACUUUGAGGAAUCACCAUAGACCAUAUACAGAAUGGACACCAUCUGCCUCCUAGCUGGGUGAAGCCACCCUGAGAACAGCACCUUCUGGUGAUGGGCUGCAGUAAAGGUCAUAAAUCCCACCUCCUCCAGCAAUCCCUAUGGGGCUGUGGACAAACUUUAGAAAUUUAUUACACAGAACAUAAAUGUUUCUCUCCCCUGCUUGCGAUGUUGACAUGUAGUUACUGUAAGACUAUGCUCAAGUCCUCUUUUUUUUGUGCAACUCCAUUUUUAAAAGUUAUUAGUGGGUUCAUGUUUGCUAUGAUUGACACUUGAUACAGCCUAUGGGUGUACGAAGAUUGCGUAGCUCACCCAGGAGAUACGCUGUUUGAGCCGAGCGUCAUCACAGCGACUCUUGGCGACUUUCCGGCCAAAUGUGUACAACGCUACUGCGCAAGGUUGGUUUCAGGAAGUGGAGAAAAGAGAAAAAAGCUUUUUGGCUUUAAAUCAGUAUACUGGCGGAACCAAGUUGUCCAUAGUAUAUAUAGUCUAUGUGAAUCACAUAGAAGUGAGGCUCACAAGUUAAAUAUGAGAUGUAUUAUGAAUGUUACAAUUUCACUUAGCAGACGCUUCAGAGAGUUUUACAUCUGAGAGACAGACGAGGAAUAAUGUUAUUUUGGUCUAAAUGUCUUUCCUCUUGUUUGAGAAGUAGCUGAAUCUAAUUUAUUUGCUUUGUAAAUCACUGUUGUAAUGCUGAACUUAACUUCUAACCACUGGUGAUUAUCCGGCACUAGUGAGGGGAGAAUCUACCUAGGCUGUAUUUCAAGGUGUUCCUCACAACAUUUACAGUCUGAAUCAGUCCUUGGUUUGUGUGAACGCAUUGGGGUCUCAUCUUACUCAGCUCUCUCUUCUCAAACCUUUCUUGCAGCCAAAAGCUGAGUGUUGAGCUGUGGGAACCAGCAGUGGGCUGUGUCAGCCAGCAGCACCUUGAAAUGUUGAGAGAGAGGAGAGGAUUGUCUGUGCUCAGCAGAGUGAAGAAAGUGAACCUGACUGCCUCUCACUGGUGGACUAAAUGUCUGAGCUCACUGCUGUUGGAUCCGUUUAUUUUCUGUGUUCUGGUACUACACAGGGACUGCCUUUGUCCUUAGUUGCGUGCAAGUGUAGACAUACGAGUGUACAAAAGCAAGUGAAUGACUAAAGGAUAAGACAUCAGGAGCAUAAGGAUCAGGUUCCAUCACCAGCUUACUUUCACCUCUAAUAGAGCCAUUGCCAUUCCUCUGUGGCGAGCGCUGCGUUCUUGAAACAAUGCGCCCGCUGUGUGUGUGGACCCCCCAGAGUGGACCUGAACCGUACACGCAGUAAUGGGCUACUUUAAGAGUUUAUCUGGCUCUAAUGGACAUACUCGUACACUACUUGCAGCCUCUAAAUCUCCAGGAUAAGUCUCUGAGUGUGUUGGUGUGUGUGUAAAAGCCUGUCAUGCCCUAAUGUGCCUGACAAAGAGUACAGUAGCUCUGCCUUGAAAUCCCCUCCUUGAAGUAUGUAGUUGUAUAUUACAUUAGAGACAGCAUGAGCAUGAAGUCAAAUGUAUCUGAGAUCGUAUUGGUUGAUCAGUGAUCUUCCUGUAAAUGUAAUUGCCUUUCACACAUUAAAAAUUUCUAAACAAAAGCUAUCUUAGAUAAGCAGACUCCCACAAAUGCCUCUAUCAACUCCAAUUAAGCAGCGCAAUAUUCACUUCUUGACACGCAGUUACACAGAGCAGCAGCCUUUCUGUGUGUCUCCUCCGACCGAUAGUGACUGGGUGUUUUUCUGGCACUAGCCUCAGAACAAGGAUCAUUUUUGGCUCGUUUCCAUGCGGUCUGACCCCCUCAGCAGUUUAGCAGCCGAGCCCCGUCUGCUCCCAUCAUGACUUCUUGAUCAACAUGUCAUAGCACAAUGCCAUGUACCCCUGCCCCCAGCAAGGGUUGACUUUGGGAAUGAAGUAAGACAAGCUGACAGAGUGGGGAAUGAUGUCUAAAAGCUACAAUGACUUCACACUUUUCUUUAUUUUUUUAUUUUUAAUCAAAUUUCAUGCUCUUUUUUCAAGCACACAGUAUAAGGUUUCAAACAUUUCUCUUUUUCUAAUACAAGAAAGCCCAACUGCAUACAGACUGCAGUAUUAACUCCAUAUGUAAAUCCUGUAUAACAUUACAGCUACGUAACCAUAGAAAGCUUUAAAGUAAAAAUAAAUUAGAAAGAUAAUCCAUGCCAGAACAGUUUCAAUAAGAAAGACCAGGAGGAUUUCAUUUCUACAACAGCAUAAUUCAAUAAGUGGAGCUCUGUGUGAUUUAGUCUACAUUACGAUUAGAUUGGGAGGAUAAGGUGUGGAGAAAGAUAUUCCAUCAUACUUCAUUACAGCGCACUAUGUUUUCAUUAGACAUGCUGUAAUGUACAGUCAUACCAGAUUAUCCAUUCAUUAUCCGGCAAUUAUGAGAUUAUAUUACAGAUGUGCUUACAACUAAAUUUGUAGUGGCUCUCCUUAGGAUGUGCUUUUGCAAUGCACUGUUCACAUUCCUCAUUUUAGCUGAAAGAUGGUGUCAGACUGGACCGCAAACACACACAGAGGAGCUGCUGACACGCUGCCUCAGGAAAAGGCUGAAAAUGUGUGUGUGUGUGUGUGUGUGUGUGUGUGUGUGUGUGUGUGUGUGUGUGUGUGUGUGUGUGUGUGUGUGUGUGUGUGUGUGUGUGUGUGUGUGUGUGUGUGUGUGUGCGUGCGUGUGUGUGUGUGUGUGUGUCCAGUGCAUUCUUAUCCAGUGUGUUUCUCUCUCAUUGCAAACACACAUAAACACAGCUAGAGUGCAUGGGGACUCAUCAUUCAGCUUAAGCCCCUAACACAAAUAAUCACAGCGUCCGAGCACAUGUUGCUGCUCCUCUGCUUCCCUCUGACAGCUGUCAAUCAUCUGCUGACCUGUAAACAUUCCUUUGGUGGGCACAGUUAUUGAAUCAAACUGUACAAAUAUAGCAAAUCUAAUGCGAUUAAUCUUUGCUUAUUGACGUAACCCUGUGUUAAAUAUAGAUCUGGCUGGAAAUACGGGUAAUAUCAGAUUCCAUAGUCUGUUUAAAAAGGUCUCUAGAUGGUGUUUAUUUUAAGGCCCAGUAGUGGACAUGUUGAUGGCUUUGCAUGCUUUGGUGUCCAGACUUCCUUUGCACAACCACCUAACAACCACACAGGCAUGUUUCUCUGUAACUUCAAACAUACAUACAGCUGCCUUAAAAUGUGUAAAUCUUGAAAGAUGUUCUUUUAAAGUCUGAUACUCCACGCUUGCUGUAUUUCACUCUCCUUUUCUUUUAUUUAUCAGCUCAACAAAGCUGACUGUACUCUACAGUUUAUUCACUGGUUUUCCUUCACCACAUUUAUGCUGCUAAAUCAACAGAAAAAACCUCUGGUUAACCUCAAAGUGAGAAUCCCUAUUUCAGCUUUCUGCGGCUUAACAGUGAAACGGGACUUCCCCGCUGUUUGAGUUAAACCCUUGUGUUUGUCCAACAAUAUGUGAAUGCCACCCUGUUAUGUCUCUCCCCUAUAGACUGUGGAGGAGUGUUUGUCUAUGGUGUGGCAUGAGGCCUUUGCUCUCUGAGUAGUGGCCUCUCUUGGUUGCUGAACCAAGAAGAACAUAUCAAACAAACACUGCAACACAGAGCUGAAGGAAGAUUGGGUUACACCUGACAUGAGAGGACUUGUUGACUGCAUUGUGUGACCAAGGGAGCAUAACUCCUCUGACCUUUAGAAAGUGUUCUCCAAAUGAGGUCGUCGCUAUAUAAACUAACCUAAAGUUACUAUAUCAAUCAUCAUUGCUCUAGAUAGGAAGAACUUGACAUUAUGACUGUCAACUGCUGUCUGUGUUUCCAACCAUGUUAGUUGAUCCAGUGGUAGGUAGAGAAUUGGAGACUUUCUAGACCUUCUGAUCUACUCGGGGGAGAAUUAAGCCUUCAACGCAGUGUGACAGACACUCAGUAGCAGUUGUCUCUAAUGCGCAGUGUUAAGUUACAGGAGUGUUGGUGGAAAACCAUCAGAUAACUCUGCGCUGUUUGGAGGAGUGGCAUGAGGAAUGUGUCGGUUGUGCAUGAAUGAUUUUGUGAAAAUGUUCAUGCGCACCACAGCUGUCAUUAAUGGAUACAUUUCUGUCUCCAUGCAGAGCUGAGAUCCACUGGCACUGCUCAUCACUUCGCCUACCUUCUCAACACUUCAGAUUACCGCAUCCUGCGAAUGGAUGAGGACCAUGAUCGUAUGUAUGUCGGCAGCAAGGAUCACAUCUUGUCCCUGGAUCUCCAUGACAUCAACAAGGACCCUCAUAUUGUAAGACCAUUCCCAUGUCUCCCCUUACUCAUUACUCCCAUGCUUCAAAUGAGCUGUAUCACAGGGUUAAAGGAAGUGUCGUUACCUCAGUGCUACAGCAGCUGCUCCACAGGGCGAAAUAUUCUGCACUGUUGCUUUAUGCAGCAGCCGGUUUUGGUUAGCUCACAUUGAGUUUUUGUUGGAGUGCACUUUGUCUGUUGUUGGGUCAUUAAAAACACUGUAACUGGGUUAUGACGAUCCCAACAGGACCGAUAUUUGCCUGGGUGGAUGUCUCUUUUGCAGUUUCAGCCCAGAAAUCUCAUAAAUGCCAGUGAUGUAUAACAGGUUGGAUUGAAACUAUAAAAAGUCAUCUGUUCCCUCCUGACAGAUCCACUGGCCAGUGUCCGAACGAAGACGGAUGGAGUGCCUCGUGAGUGGGAAAGACGCCAAUGUAAGUACUCCUCCUGACAGUGCUCACAGCCUCACCAGGUUUGUUCAGCUGAGGUGAUUUCCAUCCUCUUGAUCACACCAAAAUAAAAAAUAUUUGACUUUUAAUAUUCAUGGUCUUUAUAGCUGACAUUACUUUAAAUUAGAGGAACCUUUGAAAAGGGCACUUACCUGCAGGCUUCGAACUUGGCCAAGUAAAACUGUAGUUCCAUCUAUUUAGCCAAAGAAAGGGAGAAAUUAGUUAGUCUGCCAGGACAGGGUGGAGAGCACAACACCACUUGCAAAGACUUUGAAGCAUUGUUCUUAUAAAUGUGAAGGAAUAGUCUCUUAAACUUUAGCACAAGGUUAAUCUGCGAAGGGUUUACCUGUAAAUUAUGGCGACACAUGGCAUUUCAUUAAGAGAUUUAUGACAGUUUUAUUGACUGGGGUUUUCAUGUCUCCAGGAGGAAUGUGCGAAUUUCAUCCGUCUGAUUGAGCCAUGGAACCGGACUCAGCUCUACAUCUGUGGCACGGGAGCCUACAACCCAGUCUGUACCUUUGUCAACCGUGGACGCAAACCUCAGGUUAGGAUUAAAAGACAGUGACAGUGAUUUCUUGAUCAUCCUAGCCUCUUAUUUUCUCUUAAACAAGUUCUUGCUCUCAAACCACCUUACACUAGCUUCUCUUCACAGUGAUUUUCUUCCAUCAUUAGGCCUUCUGGAGGUCCUAUGUUUCUGGGUCUGGCAGCCAAGCCAACAAAGCUUAACUCCCUAGUGAGCUGUUAAAGCUACACUGUUUAGUCUCAACCUUUUAAUGGGACCUCUUGAAUUUCUUAAACCAAGCCAAGCAAACCUGCUUUGCUGCACUCCCCUUUAACACCUCGCUAUUCUCUAAAUAUCACACUUUUUCCCUAAUAAUGACCAGGGGACUUUUAAAAUGGGAUGAAUAGAGAGUAAUUUUCCCUCUUGAUUCCGCCUUGGGACAUACACCACAGUUUAGGGAACUUGCAAGUGCAGGCACGGCUUACAUGAGUCCCUUGUUGCAUUUGGUUACUUCAUGACAUUUGCUUACAAAGGCCUUCCAUCCAUUUGCUCGCCUUUCCAUCCACCCCUGCAUGUAUCCACCCAGGUCACCUGCCAGCCUCCUUCGGUGAGAUGUUGGGUAAUUGGAGGUGGGAGCUCCCAUUAUGGGGUGCCAGAGGAUUGUUAAAGUCUUUCUUAUUUUUUCCUUUGACAUAUUGAACAGAUAGGUUUGAGUCGUCCCUGGUGAGCACCUUUCUCAGCUGUGCUGGCUAAGUUUGAGUGAAAAAACAUGAGGUGACACUCGAAACAGAUGCAUACACUUACCUUUCCUUUCACAAAUGAUAAGAAUGAUAUUUGUUAAUUCAUAUCCAGGAAGAUUUUAGUCACUCUGCGAUAAUCGUAGCUUUCCCAUGCUAGCCUGGUAGCUAGUCUUGGUAAACUGUGAUAGCUCACUGUUGUGGACUGGAGGCAGCUUUGGCAGAAAUGUGUGAUGCAUACUGUGAGAGCUUUAUUGACUCAACCACAAGAAAGAGGGGUGUUUUGGUUGUCUUUUCAACCAUCUGGUCAAAUAGAUCCAGACACAUUCCCUGAAAAAACUAUUCCACUGGCACAGAUAUAACUUCCGAGUACACAUACAUUCAACUUGUGUCAUUAAUGAUGGUUUGGAGAGGGUCUCGUCGUAUCUGGAAGUCAGGAAAAAGUCAAGCGGUGCAGAAGGGAGAAGGCUCCAUGAUCCCUCUUCAUCUGUGGCGUAACAUUCAGACUGUGUUGCUGUCUCCUGUUUUAGACUUCCAUGUAUCUGCAGAUGGCCCAGGCCAGAGGAAGGGCUAGCCGCGCAGCUGAACCCAGCGCGGUGCACGAGACACUUGGAUUAAAGGUGCGAUGUGGGCCCUGUCUGCACCGCAGCCCUAAAUACUGCCGGGCUCGUGGCUCGCAGCACGCUCCCUCUUUUUGUGUCUGAGCACAUUUUGUCCGAAUCAUCUCUAACCCCCCUUCAUUUUUUUGUUUUAUAUCUCCUUAACAUUUGGCAUGAAUCUGAUUUAGACCUUGCACAAUCCCAAAGUCUCCAAUGGUCUGGAAUUGCAUUUGAUUUCACGUCAUUUUGUUUUAUCAGUUUUUGACUCAUCUGUCUUGUGGUACAGCCUCAUUGUUUGAGCACCCUUUCCUGUCUGUCAUUGUCCUUUUUGUGCUUUGCAUUUGUGCUAAAUGCCAUAUUUUGCAUGUUAGCUGGGUAAUCAAAAUAAUGGCUUCACAGGCUGCUAAAAAUUCUCUUGACUUUUGCUAGUCACUGAUUUUAAUUAAACAGGCUUUCACUGCUGUUAAACGCAUGGCAUUUCCUUUUUAAAUGAUAAUAUAUUUGGCAUUUAUUGAACAUCCAAUACGCAAAUCAUUCAUUGCACUUAUCUUUGGCGAUGCAGGAUGUUCCACCAUCCUUGCUGCACCCUAACGAGCCAUCCACCCUCUGUAGGAAUGUGGCGCAGUCUGUCCCACAGAGGCAGCAGGACUAGUCAGCAGCUGACCCACUCCCACAGCAGGCUCUGUUAGCCCAGAGCAAACACCAGCCAUCUGUAGCCAACUAGCAGUGGAGCAAGGGAAAUAAAGGAGCCACAUACUUGAACAUGUCUCCACUGUUUGAGCUCUCCAAGCACUUAGACACGUAGAAAGUUACCCUUGAAGGACGCAUGAACUCGAGGGUGACGGGGGUCCCUUUAUACAGUUACUUUUUUUUCUGAAUGUGUCACAGCUUUUCUGGAGGGUCAUAUUUUUUUCAGCAGUGUUAUAAAAACAUGUUCCCCUCUGGUGCACAUCAAUUUUUGUGACCUUUUUUGCACAUCAACAUCUGGCAUGGCUGGCAGUGAGCUGCCAACACCAUGUGAUUUGAAUGUGUGGUGAUUGUAAUCAAGGAUGAGUGGAGAAUUGCGAAAGGAUGUGCUCACAAUCCAAUGAAGUAAGUGUGGCACUGUGCCAUUUUCUUUCCACUGCUUUGCCGCUGAUGGACGAGGACAGAGUUGUCUCUUUCUCUUUACCCAGUGGAACUGAUAAAUGGGGAUUGGACAUGCACUAGUGUGUGAGGCAGGGCUGCAGGACAUGUCAUUGCAUGCCACUGAUUCAUGCUCCUCCACUAUCAUACGCAAAUUCCUGCCAAUCAUCAUUCAGUGCUAGCAUAUAGGGAUGCCACAAGCAGUGAGCAUCAGUCAUCCAGCCGGCAUCGCGGGUUUGUUUUCACUGCCCUGGAUUACAGGUGUCAGCAGUCGGCCUCCACAGCCAUCGGCACAAAAGGCUGAAAGACAUUUGGCGCGUUGUUCAUUAUGCAGUAAAAAUAACCAAGAACUCAAGACACAUUGUUUUCAGGAGUAGAGUGGCAUAGAUACGGAUUAGAAAUUCCUUUCCCUACUUGCAUGUAUUUUUCUGUAUGACCGCAUACUCAUUAUACUAAUACUUCAUCCCCUGUCACGCCUUGUAGGUCCCAGUGGAGUCAGAGGGAGCACAAGCACUGCCUCAUUUUACCCUGCACAAGGGAAUUACACUGACAAGAUGAAGAGUGCUGAAUUUAUUACCAUCUCCAUAUGAUUUUUCCAUUUCAGGAAGAGAUCUUCCAUUUGGAGCCUGGCAAAGUGGAAUCUGGGAAGGGAAAGUGCUCCUACGAUCCCAAGCUCAACAGCGUGUCAGCUUUGAUCAGUGAGUAUCAUGUGGGCAUAAUCACAUAUGGUAAUCAGCUCAGGUACAUUCAGAGUCAGAGGUCCUCACAUAUGUGGCUGUGUUAUCACACAUGGACUUUUUAAAGUUAACUUAUGUUGAAUAAAAUGUAUAAUUUGUAACCUCAUGUAUCUAAGCCCUGUCUUUGAGGAAGUAGUAAGAAGGCCAGACUGACAAGUUAGGGAACCUCAGGAACCAAGUGGAGGGACAUUCCCACAGCGCACUUUUUGGUCUAAAAGAGGUCUAAUAGACGUCUAAAUUGACCUAGAUGACUGGUCUAAAAUCAGGUUACCACAGGUCUAAGAAUGAAAGUUUUUCAGACAUCUAAAUCUAAAUCUGGGCUAUGUCUAUACUAACGGCUAUCAUAAUUAUUUUGGUUAAGUAAUUGGAGAUCAGUUAUGCAACUUACAGUAACCUUUUGAAAUAAAUAGUUAUCGAAUAAUGGGUUAAAGUGCAACAUCUAAAUUACGUUUAAAGAUAUACAGAAUCUAGACGUUUGAAAUUAGGUCUAAAAAAAUAACUAGAUGUCUUACAGCCGUCUAUUGCUCAGUGGGUAAGUGAUGCAGCUUAUCCAAUAAGGGAAGGAGGAGUCACUGAGAAGUUUUAACUCACUAAUGACUCCAUGAUCCAACAUUAAAGUAGACUUCAUUUUUCUGUCAGUCCGGUUGCAGAGCAGCAUCUAGUUUGGUGUCUCAUGGUUGCCCUUUCUUGUUACCCAUCUGAAAUCAUAAACAACCAUCAUAUGAUAUUCCUGUGCAAUAUGUGCCUCUCAUCCAGAUGCCAACUUCUCAGUAAAUCUGGAAUAGUAAAGGGUCAGCAUUAAAUAAGUCCGGCUCUAUUAAGCUUUUUCAUGGUAAGAGCCUGAAAAAGAAAGCUUCUUCUAGUUGUUUCUGUUGGCCGUAAAUAUGUCCUGAGUUUGCCAAAAUAACCCCAUCAUGAUGCAGAUUUGUUCAAAGUUAGAGUGCAAGCCCAGUCAGGUCUAUACUCAAGAGGAAGAGCUUAUAGAAGCAACUUUAAAAACACGUUUGUUCAGUGAAAGUGAGAUUGAUAAUUUCUGAGUCGUUCUCUUUUAAGAAAUCACUGAUAAACUUUCGUAACACAUGGUCAAGCAGAUUCCUCACUUAAGUUAAAAUUUUCAUCUAAGGCCCAUUUUUAUACACAAACUGUUUUUUUCUUUGACACAUGAUCGGUCAAAGCCACUUAAACUAUAGCACACAGACCACUGAGUUCAGAUUUGACAUGUUUGUUUGAAACCCAUUCAAACAGGUUAACAGUACUGUACAAUAAUACGAUACUGUAGUUUACCUAUUGGUCCUUAUUUAGGGGCCUAUAUAUACAAGAAAUACAUUGAUCCAAAAAUAUCCUAAAAGGUCUUUUUCUUUUACUUGAGUUUACUUCCUACUGUAUUCUGUCAGCCAGUCUUGUUGUAGUUAAAUGACAGGGAACAGAUAGUGGAUACAAUCGUGUUCAUGAGAGCGGUGUCCUCUGCCCCUUUGCUCAAGGUUACUCAGUCAGGUCCAGACCACACAGUUGCCACCAGUGAAAGGCGAUCUUCUCUCUGUGGGGUGAAGCAGCGGGUGUAAAUCACUGGCAAAGCUUUCCCACAUUAGCACAGUGCCAAGUGACCAGUUUGAAACCAGUGCUGUCAUCCAAGAUGGAUUUGCCUCCCACUACCAGCAGUUUGAAUUAUUCUAGAGACCCUGCAGUAUCGGUUCAUAAUGACUCGAGAUUCAACGCUACAUUUUUUUUACCAUCAACCAUUGAGUGCUCAGCUUUCUGCCACAUUAGAUAUCCAAUCAUCCAUGGCCAUUUUGAUGCUACAUCAUCAAUCUCGAUACUGCUACUGAGCUCCAUGACGCUGAAUAUAAUGUUAAUAGGAAAGUGUUUUUGUUUCUUGUGCUCCAUCUCCUGCUGUCUUUUUACCUCAUCUCUGAGAGCUGACAGUCACACAUGCUAUCCUGUGGGGCCCGUACAGCAGCUGGAAAACCAACAUCUCCUCUUCCUGUGGCCUAACGAGGCUGUGAUAUACAUCUGUGUGUCUCUUCACUGGAUGUCCUCAUAUUUUAUGUUUUUAUGCAAAGUGUGUAGGCUUUUUCAGGAAGAUUGAGCACUGUUUGUGUUGAUACAGCCCCAUAAUGUUUUAGCAGAUGUUGAAAGUUACAUAAGAACAAUAUUUGUGGAAAGUCAUUUCAGGAAACUUAAAAAAUAUAUUGUAAGGGGUUAUAUAGUUGAUUUCCUUUGGAAUUUUAUGAAAAGAAAUCUAAGUCUUGCUUUGUUAUCAUUAAAAUAGGCCCCUUAAAGGGAUAUUCCGCCAUAAAAUUAAGUUAGGGUCAAACACACCAUAACAUAGAGUUAGACAUUCACACAAGAGAUGAAAGGUGCCAACCACUUGCUUCUCUAGUUAUCCCAACUUUAGUAAUGACCACAUGUUAAUGUGACUUUAAUGUAGUUUUUAAUUAAAAUAUUUUAGACAUUAAGUUUUAUCAUCUGCAAAACAAAAAGUGAUAAAUAAAAAAGGACUGUCUGGCACCAUACUGAAAAAAAAGAGUCCUUGGCUGUUCGAUUUCAAACCUGAAUAUUGACUUGAGUUAAAAAAAAAGGUGUUUUGUGCCAAAAUAAGUGCAAGAAUAAUGUCAGAGUCAUGGAAUUUCACUGAGCCCGUCAUUUUUCUCUCUUUUUCAGAUGGUGAGCUGUAUGCUGGGGUCUAUGUUGACUUCAUGGGAACAGACUCUGCCAUUUUCCGCACUUUAGGAACAAAGACGGCCAUGCGAACAGAUCAGUACAACUCCAGAUGGUUAAAUGGUAAAUGUCCUUCUAAGUUAGAAGUGACCCGAUGGGCUUUUAUUCAGUGUUUAGCUUUUCUGGAUGAUUUUUCAAUAUAUAGUGCAAACAGAGAUCCAAAUGUCAGGCUGAAAUGUAAAGACUCAGAGAGAUGUUUGCAUAUUUUAAGCAGCUUUCAACAAGUGAUAAACAGGAAAGGCUGACAGUUUAUAAGAUUUCAGCCAUCGUUUUCCUAAUUCUAUUUCGGUCAACUCAUCCUCCCCUUCUCCCCACAGACCCCACAUUCAUCCACGUUCAUCUGAUCCCAGACAGCGCAGAGAGAAACGAUGACAAGCUGUAUUUCUUCUUCCGAGAGAAGUCCUCUGAAAUGGGCCAGACUCCUGUCACCCAGUCCCGUAUCGGACGCAUCUGCCUGGUGUGUAAACAGUGAGCAGGGUUUGUUUUUGGCUGUAAACAAAAUGAAAGAAGAGCCUGCGUGGAUAUUAAAAACAGGCUGAAGACUCCCAGUGUGAGUGUUUGAAUGUUUACAGGCUCAUGACCAGUAUUUGCCCAACGCUGAUGUGCUGGAAUCCACAUGUGUCUUUAACCUUCCUGUCUACAAUGCAUGCCUCUGUGUGUAAGACUGCCCUUUGACUUCUGACCUUGUGAUCUUUUGACCUCUUCUGCCUGGUAGUCUUAAAACUCGUUUUUGUGUAUGAAGUAGCAAAUAACUCACUUCCUAAAAAAAACAAGAAAAAAAGUCCUUCCCAGUUUAACAAGAAGAAGUAAUGUGCAUCAGUAAUAAAAAAAGGAGCUUGACAUUAAAAAGCAAUAGAUGUCUAAUAGAGAUCUUGUCAUGUUUAUACUUUGUUGUUGUUGGUGUAGUAGGGACUCCCCUUGCGUGCGUAUGUGAGCCUUACAGCCAGUGCAAGAGCACGGGUCUGAGUGAGAAAAUGUGCUGUACGUGUGCUCGCCACCUCAGCUGUUCGCCAUUGUAUUUAUUUGAGGAGGUCAGGCGCUGACCCAGCACACAAACACUCAUCCCUCUCUCAGUGGGCUCUGCCAUGGCCCACAGGGACCUGAUCCUGUGAUUCUUGUGAUGCCACACUUCUGAACUUGCAUUCUCCACACACCCCCAAGAAUACAGCCGACAUUUCCUGUAAUUAAGCUUAAAUAGAUCAAAAUAUUUAAUAUUAAUGCACUUUUUUUCCUUCAAAGAUGCUAAAUAUGGACUAAGCACUAAAAGCUGUCCUCUUACAGGGAUAGUCUCUGGUUUUGCCCAUCACAGAUGGAAAGGUCUAAACAGGAAGAGUCAGAGUUCAGACUCACCCCCUUUAAGCUUCCUCUAUAUUAUGUGUGGGCGGUUCCACCUGGAUCCUUUUCCAGGAGAAAAAAACUGAGAAAGAUUUAAAGUGAUUGAUGGAGAAACUGUUCUGUGUAUCCCACCCUCAAAUGUAGAAUGAUGACGGAGGUCACUGCUGUCUGGUGAACAAGUGGAGCACCUUCCUGAAGGCCAGGCUCAUCUGCUCGGUGCCGGGGGCUGACGGCAUGGAGACACACUUUGAUGAGCUCCGUAAGUACAAAGACCUUGUUACAGAGCCUUGAUUUUUUUUCUCCCUUUUUUCUUUCUUCUUUUUUGCUUCUCACAGUUUAAGUGGUAAGCAGUAGGUCACUUGGUGUGGGUGUGGAGGUUGUAUAGACAUACCUGUCAAUCAAACAUGCUGUGAGCCCUGGACUGUCUUUUCCUGUGCUUGUUUUUCAUCAGUGGGUUGUGUGCCACUGCUCUUUGCCAGAUCACAGUCCACCAGAUUUGUACGACCAUAAUUAAUAAUUAUCUAGAAGAUUUGCUCUGAAAUCAAUGAAAAAAGCUCCCAGUGCCAAAGAUAAUAAAGUCAUGUGACAAAUCCGAUUUAAGCAAAUAUUUUUUUAAAUUUUAUCUGUGAAAAUAGUCUCUGUAAAAAUAGAUCCAAGUACAUGUUUGUGUUCUUAAAAAGCAGAAUUAAUGGCUACAGAGAGACCAGGUGUUUGGAGGAAGCAUGUGCAAGCCUUUAUAUGUAUAUCUUAGAUUUUACAACUUAAUCAGCUCAAUCUGGACAGGGAAUGGUUAAAUGUGCUCUUAAAUAUGAUAACACUUACUGUAUGUCUCAAAUGAUUUCAGUUUGGCCCAAAAAAAAAAUAGAUUCUGUCUUGUUUUUUAAUUAUAUCAAGUCUCUGCUCAGUUUAGCUUCAUCAUUACAUUAGGUAAAGAUAUAACUGACAUUACUUGAUAUAUUUGAGAGUUUUUCUUUCUCUGUUUCCUGUCAUUUAUGAUCACAUCUGAAAUAUCAAGCAGAAAACAGUCCACUGCAGGAUCUGUUUCUGCUGCAGCACCCGCCAUCAGUGUGUUUGUUUAAACACACACCGGAGCUCAAUCCUUGGCCCAUAUGGCAGCCAACUCCCACCAUAUGGCCCAUACAGCAUAUUAUGAUGGAAAUGACACACAUAAUACCACCACUGUAGUUGUCAUUUCCUUUUAAUAUGUCUUAAACAAAGCUGCCUGAUUUUUUUUUGUGGACUUGAGAUAGAGGCCUAUUACAGUUAGAUCAGUUCACAGCGCAAGGGAGAGUGCUAUUGGCCUUGAUUUCAAUGCUCCAAAACUGAGACAUGUGCUGGUGGUGAUGGACUGAUAUAUGAGCCCACUGUUCCCCUUCAACUAAUCUCAUAAAUCAAAGUUAGAUCUCAUAAUAUUUCUCGUCACUUAAUCUGCCAGCACAUAUCCUGCCUUUUCUCAGACCUACCUCCAGUUGUAGAAAACUGGAGCUGACAUUUGAUUGUAGUUCAGAGAAGGAAUGGACCACCUCCGCCUUCACACUUGAAGUAUUUACUGGUCUGGUCUUUGUUGACAUGGGAAUGCUUUGUGGAGUGGAUUUGUAAAAGAGAAGUUAGAGUUAACACUUUUGUAUGCAAAUUGUGUCUGGGAUCCGGCUUCAAUGAGAAAUUAGGGGCGUAAAAAAAGGUUUGUGAAUGACAGAGGACAGAGUUGAGAGGACACUCAUCCCCAUGAAGAAGGAUAGACUGCAUGCAUCAGUUUGAAGAGCUGCAGACAUGCCAAAGACUCCUGGAGAGGAUAGUAAACCAGACAUGAUUGAGUUUCAUGCUAUUGGCGUCAUAUUCACUGUCUUGAAUUUUUAUUGAGAAAUGGUCAAAGGAGACUGAACAAAUAUAAGUAUUCUUCCUAAACAAGGUAGUCCUUUGUUCUUUUCGAUGCCGCUCAAUAAAGGAUAAUGUGUAUUUUUUUAAAAUCAAAAAUCAUUUGCUUAUCUUAUUAAAGUUAAAGUUAAAUAAGAGGACUGUUACCACUCCUUAGAUUGAUGCUACAACGGGGAAAAGCAGGAGCAUUAAGCUUUGGUUAUUUUAACAAAAGUCUGACUGGGGAAACAGCCAAAGAAAACAUAAACUCACCAGAAAGGAAAAAAUGAUGACAAAGUUGUAAGGAAGCCAAUAUUAACUCCACUAAGUCAUUGUUUUCAGCUAUGAAGUGUCCAGGCCUUUUGUGGGCUUUUUUUUUUUUUUGUGGUUUCAAGGAGGUAAAUCUUUGGCUUUGGACUUUGAACUUUGUGGUUUAGUCUGGAUUUAUGUUAAGCUAAGCUAACUGGCUGCUGGAGUGGCAAUGAUCCUUUCAUCAACGUUCUUGCAAGACAGUUAAUAAUCAUAAAAUCACUCCAAAAAUGUCAAAUUACUUCCUCAAGGACACUUUAGGCUAGAUACAGCAUGUGUGAGACACUGUUGAUGCAUUAUAGCGCACAGUGAAAGAUUGUUUCAAGCCAGGACAAGUUCAGGUACAGAGUUCAGAGGGAUCAUUUAGCCAGGCUUGAGUGAGAGAAUCCUUAAACUCUCCGCUUUCUUUCAGAGCUUUAAUAAAACAACUCUGCGAGUCAUUACUGAGGGUUUGUUGAAAUGUCCAGAACAGCUGUGUUCUUGGCCUAGUUGUCUCAAGAAGAAAUGCUUCAUGGCAAAGCACGUCUGAGACCUGGGGAGUUUUUACAGUUGGAAUAUAUAUAUAUAAAUAUAUGUAUAUAUCAGUUAUUGGCCCUUACAACUACAUAAAUUAGCCACAAUGAUUUAGAGCACUGUGUUCAAACUGUUUUUUUAUUCAGCUUAAUAUAAAAACAAGAAGAAAGAAUCUUGUGCACUUAGGAUGUGAGGCGCUUCAGAACAAGUAUGUGAUCAAUCAACAGCUGAAAGGUAAAGGUCGUGCAAAAGGAGAGAAAUGGACCAAAAGUGUAUUCAGUAAAAACAGACAGCAGGUUAGGAAAAACUGUAACAAUGUGAAUGUAAUUUUUAAAGGAAUUGUUGAGCAGAAUCUCACUGGGGGGGAAUGGGGGCAAAAUCUGGACCCUUUAUUAACAGAUUAAAUCCCCUGUGGAGCAAUCAUCGCUGCCUUGAAAGGUAUUUUAUCACCAAUCGAAUAGCUAUUUUUUUUUCUUUUGCCUUGUUAUCUUGAAAACCUGCUCUGCCUGCGGUGACAAGGUACUUCUAUCUUGACCCCAGCUGUAGCCCGUCUGCACAAAUACACACUUCUUCCGUGCAAAUCGACCAUUUGUACCAUGCAGCAGAUGUAUGUCAUGACAAGGAUCAUCUGUUGUGCGACACCCAUGAAAACCCAUUGUGCUGCGUCCAUGCGAACCCAGGACGGAUCCACGACUCUGACUGUGGCAGCUGUGAAAAAAUGGCUUAGUGUUCUAUGUCAAAAUAGGUGGAUUUGAGUGUGAAGAAUAAUGACCAACAGCCUGUUGAUUGUCUGACAAAUGAAGUAAAUGGUCCCCAGAGGAUGUCUAAAAUAAAGCAUCUUAGAUUCAAAGAUAUAUCAAUCAAUCAAUCAAACUUCAUUUAAAAGCGCUUUUCAUACAUGGAAUGUGGCACAAAGUGCUGUCUAUUCGCGCAGGAUAUUAAAAACAAUGAAAUAAAAUAAAUAAAAAUACAAAUACCAAACCCCACCCUCCCUCCCAACCUCCAUUCAACACAUACAACAUUCACACACUCACACAGACAGAUGCAUACACAAAAGACCAGGACACUUCAACUUGCCACAGAUGACUGAGGAAGACGUUAUCUUGAGCUAAAAAAGAUGAGGAAACAUCGGAUCAAGGACUAAAAUGAUAAAACCAUGAUAAAAUAGAACAAAGGUGAUGAAACGUUAAAGUUAAUUAAAUAAAAGUGUUAAGAAUCAAACAAUAAAAGAAAGUAAAUUUUAAAAAGAGGUAAUAAAACACAAAAUAUUACUCUAGGACUAAAAAAAGCGUAAAGUCACAUAAUGCAGAUUAAAAGAUUAAAACAAAAUUCAACUAAAAGCCAGACUAAAAAGGUAGGUCUUGAGUUUACUUUUAAACUCUAUGCUCGAACCCUCCAUUUAUCUUUCUGCCCCAACGGCUGAUUCAUCAAGCUACUUCUCCGUCAGCUUCUUCAUUUUCCAAACUCAAACAGUUACAUGUCUAACCGCUUCAUUUCUUGCUGGUUGACCCUUUCUUUGUAUACUACUGCCAUUUCUCCCCUCAACUAGGUUUGGAGCACAUUCUUUCUUUAACACUAAAGGCUGCUGUCCUAUUGUUGGCAGCGGACGUGCCUCCUGGGACGAGUAUUUAGGUCAGGUGCAAAACAGGAGAAAGACUUAUCACCCAUCACAUGUUUAACUUCCCUUUAUUUGUUGCUGUGGACUUUUCUCCAGUAUCAACAAAAGGGUUGUCUAAAUCAGGCGGUGUCUAAAGCCCUGAAGGACAGAGUAUGUGGCCAUCUGUGAUUUAGAGACCUCUAAAUUUGGCUUAAUACCAUAUGAUGUAGAUUUCCUUUGGGAGAGAGGAGAUAUUUCCGUUCCCAACUACAUGAACCAGGAGAAUAUCUCCACAUGGUGUUUAAAUGUUUCUGUCUCCUCAGGAGUCGUCUCAGGUGGUUCAGUAAUCACAUUGUUUCAGUCUGGGUCAUAGAAACUCAGACAGUUUGGGUUUCCUGCUCUGCUUAGUAUCAUUUUCACUGUAUUUUUUAAAACUAUAUUUCAUAACAUUAUGUCAGUAAGAUUAAUAGAACUACAUCCACACAUACACUCAGUGGGCUAAAUAGAAAUUGAUAUGUACUCAUCGUCUCAUCAUUUGGUGCAGCAUUGAAUAUAUGGGUCACAUGAUAGCAUAAAGACGUUACAUACAGGUUUCACUUUUUUCUUUUACUACUUCCAGAAGACAAUAGUAGAUUUUUAUGUGUUUCCAUAAAAGCUGGAGGUUCAGCCCAUUUGUUAGCACAUCCCCUCUUUAAGCCAGGUGUAGCCUAAAGGUCCCCCUGAGUAAGGGUUUGACUAAAAGCUGUGUAAAUAUUAGUAGAAGAGAGAGGUUUGGCUAUGGAGCGUGAUGGUUCCCUCAUAUGUUCAGUCUGCAGUGACGUUACUUCUCUCUUAUCUUUUGCAGGAGAUGUUUACAUACAGCCAACGCAAGACACGAAAAAUCCUGUGAUUUAUGGAGUCUUCUCCGUCUCUGGGUCAGUGCACUAUAACAAAUACUGUAUCAUAGACUUGACUUUGGGAUGAAUUGUCAGAUUAUAUUCUUGUAUUCUUGUAUUUUCCAUUUCCCUGACUUUGUUUUCUUCUCUUCAUUUACAUGAUCUUACAGCUCUGUCUUCAAAGGCUCUGCAGUUUGUGUCUACUCCAUGGCUGACAUUCGCAUGGUCUUCAAUGGACCUUUUGCCCACAAGGAGGGCCCAAAUUAUCAGUGGGUUGCUUACACCGGGAAGAUCCCCUACCCCAGACCAGGCACAGUGAGUUUCCAGACUAAACUCACCCCACACGUUAAUCCUCAGUGGGCUAGCAUAAUAGCAAGCUCUGUUUGACUUAUAAAUAGAUACCAUCUGAACAAGUUUCAGGCUUUAGUGUAACCACUGCAGACGGGCCUUUCAGGUCUUUUCCUCAUGUCAUCAUAUUCCUCGGUCUGACCCACACUUAUCAUGUGAAUGCUUGUGUUUCUGUGUCAGUGCCCUGGAGGUACCUUCACCCCCAACAUGAAGUCCACCAAAGACUAUCCAGAUGAAGUGAUCAACUUUAUGAGGAAUCACCCUGCCAUGUACAAUGCUGUGUACCCAGUACACAAACGCCCCCUGGUGGUUCGGACGAACGUGGACUAUGAGUUCACCACUAUCACUGUAGACCAGGUGACGGCUGCAGAUGGAAACUAUGAAGUACUCUUUUUAGGAACUGGUGAGUGUUUGUUGAACUGAAGGUGUGACUGAAUGUGAUAGAAACAAACUGUAUUUAUUUGGGUUACUUUCUAAGUGUCUAAUGAGUAUAAAGAGUCAGUCCUAAAGACUCUUUACACCAGAUUCUGAAUGCUAAAUGACAAUGUCAGUAGGAGACUGAGUGAUAGAGAGAAAGAAAUCCCCCCCCAUGGAAAUAAAUCCCAUGUAAGUGGAGGGCUUGUCUCCCCUGUAAUCAUUUAUCAUCAAGAGAAAAGAAUUCUUGUCUUUUGUGCCCGAGUGGAAGUUUAACCAUUCAAAGGGUUUGUACCUCGCUUUAUCCCCAUGAAGUAAACAACAGGAGAUUUGUACCUGGAGGGCAGGGGUGGAUCAACAGCAGGGGGAGAGGAAAGACACGGGGGGUGAGAAGACAAAGAAAGGUGGGGGGUACAGUUAGGGUGUCCAUCACCUUAAUCCUGCCCACUGGUGCAAGAGAGAUUAUGUGUUUGUUUUCAUGCCUUCAACCUCUAAUCAGGCCUCAGUGUGACAGCAGCAGUCACCACACAGUGAGCAGCCCUCACAUGUUGCAUGUGACGCCUAUAGACCGGCUCCAACAUUGAUCUGUGCAGACUAAUGGGCUUGUGUGCGAUGGAGGCCACAGUGGAGGAAUGCGAGUCCUUUCAGCUGCUGUCAGUGGGAGCCAUUCAGCCCGGCGUUCGAGGCUCAAUGCAAAAGUCAUAAUAAAUCUCAGGUGUCCUCCUCACAAGAGUGUCUUACACUUUGCUAAAAAUCAAACAUGCCAGGGAACGUUUUUGGCAUCUAGACUGAUAGGCAAGGCAAAAGGGGGAGCUGAGGAUGACAGAAGAGGUUUAACAGGGUGGCUGCAGGAUGAACACCAAAUGAAAAAGAGCUUCAUUUUUAUUGUGUUGAGGUCAAACUAAAGAGAAAACACACAGGAGAAGCGAGGAGUACACUGGAGCCUGUUUAUAGAGGGAUUAUCCUUUGUGGGAGGUUGCUGAAAGACUAGAAUUGAGAUUCAAGGGGCUGUUGACAAGAGGGUAUGUAGCUGACAGGAGCGUGUGUUGUGGUCCACAGACAAGGGAACUGUUCAGAAAGUCAUCGUUCUGCCCAGAGAUGACCUGCAGACCGAGGAGCUGGUCCUGGAGGAAGUAGAGGUUUUCAAGGUGAGUCUUUCUUUGACUCGAUUUCUUUGUUGUGCUCUCUCCACCCAGAGAGCUUGAUCUUAUCCUCUUUUCAUUUCCACUGUGCUUUCUCUUUUUACUCACCCUUUGUCAAUGUUCUCCUCCCCUUUCCCACCUCUUUUUGUCAAUUUGCUCACACCUCAGUAUCAAUGACAUACCGUAAUAGAAUUUACAGUUUACCCACACUUUUUUAUUUUCUCUAUCAAGAUCCCAACCCCAAUUACAACAAUGAAGAUCUCAUCCAAAAGAGUAAGUAUGUUUGUGCAUUUUAUUAUUUUAAACUUUUCUGACAAGAUGAGAAACCAUCUUCAUGUCAGGAAAGGAAAUUAAAUACAGUGAAAUUUUAGAGUGCUGCGCUCACUCCUGUUUCUCUCCAUAACUUAUUGUAUAAAUCUGAGGAAGACAGUGUGGAAGAAAUAUGGGAAAGACCCUGAAGGUUUGGGUUUAAUGUGAUUCGAAUUCUUGCCCUCCUCUUGCUUUAGUGACAUCAUUCCUAAGGUUGUAUUACAUGCAGCCUGCCAGAGUGACAAAUUUCUAACAGCUGAUCAUUAAAUUAGGAAGGCGACCUGAGAGAGAUGAGCUAAAUAUCAUGCUAGAUGAUCCAGAGCCUACUGCUGUUUCAGCCACAUUUUACACUUAUUUCAUGACACACAUCUGGGAUUGUGAAGUCUUCAAGAAACCAGGUUUUCAACAGAAAAACACACAAUAGGUACUGAAUGUACUUUAGACAACUUAGAAUUGGCUUUUUAAAAUGUGAGUAGUAAUCAUUAUUUUCCUUCAAAAAUCUGGCUCUGUUUGUUGUGACUACCCAAAAGAUAAUGUUUUCUUUUUCUUAUAUUAAAGGCGGGGUAGGCAAGAUCUGAGGAAGUGCCAGUUUAUGGGAGCGAUCUUGAAUGUAAACACUACAACUCCCAGCCAGUUUUCCCCUCAGCUCCUCCUCUCCCCUCCCUCUCUGCUCCAGCAAGCCCCGCCCACAAACAGACGCUCCUGCUCGCUCGUAUCGUUUCAAUUAAAUUCAGAUAUAAUGCAGAUAAAUACUUCAGAUAAUUACAAAUGGAGCCCAGUCAACGUGAAAGUAAAAAGCAUCGUUUACUUUGGUGCUACUGUAGAUGCCAACAGACUACCAGCAAAUACAAUAUUUGCAGCACUUCUCCAACUAGGAAAAAGUGACAUAGUCCAGGACCCGAGGUCAACAGUUUAGCAGCGCUACAACACGCAGCAGGUCCCGUUUGACAAACUCUUCUGUUACAGACACUUGGCUUACUUUGUUAAAGCGGUUUACCUGUCCAGCAGAAAGGUUACAGGGUUCGUAAGAUCCCAAAGUUCCCCCCAUCGUUUUUGCUUCAUUGAUAUUGACCCGGCUUUUUAGCUCUUGUUCGGUCUACCUCCUUUUUAGCGUCCGUUAUUCCGCCAGUGUCCAGUAUUUACUUUCUUUUCUUGCUUGUGUUGGCAGUCGUGGCUAAAGGAGGAUUCAGACAAUUUUCCGUACUUUCUGGUUGAUUUCUACUGUCUGAUAUUGUAGCACGCUAACUUUGUUUGGGCUCGUGUAUGUUAUUCGUGGACGUGGAGCUUGCCUCACAACAUGAGGGAGCAGCGUCUGCCCCACAACCAAUCAGGUCAGGGAGGUGGAGAAUGGCUUUGUUUACUGUCAGAAAGAGUGGGCCGCUCAAAGAUUUUUAAAAUGUUGACUACACAGACAUAAGAGAACACAGCAAUAUCGUAAAAUUCUCAAAUGUCAUCAAUAAGUAAUAGCUAUUGACUGAUAUUAAAAGCUUUUUUGUAUAUACUCCACAAAAAAAGAUGCUUCCUUAAUCGAUUCCUGCCUACCCCACCUUUAUAUUUGAUUUCAAAGUUUUUCGAAGAGCUGACUGUAACAUCAUAUCUCAUCCACCUGUAUUUCAACAGCAACAGCUGUAUGUGUCAUCUACACUGGGGCUAACCCAGUUGGCUCUCCACCGCUGUGAUGUGUACGGGGAGGCCUGCGCUGACUGCUGUCUGGCCAGAGACCCUUACUGUGCCUGGGAUGGCAAGUCGUGCUCCCGUUACUCUGCUUCGCAGAAGAGGUGAGUGUUAGCAUGAGCUUUACUACCUUCAUAACUAACUGACUGUCUGAAAAGGUUGAAAUGACUGAUGCUCAAAGGAGACUGCCUGGAUGGCUGAAUGGCUGUUUUGGUGGCAUUGUAUGUUUUGAGUAAAAAUUGAAUCAUGGUCUUUGGGUAAUCUGUUGUUAACGAUCCACUAAUUGAUCAUAUACUUGUAAUAUUAUAUUGGGCUCAGUGGCUAAAGUCGUCCUUGUCACAGCGGUUGCUGGUUCGACUGCCAUCCCCAACCCUUUGCAGCAUGUCUUGCCUCACUCUAUUCUCCCUACAUGUCUCUCUUCUUUAACUAUCCAAUCAACAAAGGAAAAAAUAUCCCCCCCUCUCCAAAAAAAAGAUGUGUUGUAUAACCUUUAACCUUUAAAUGAUGUAAAUCUCUGUAAUGCACUGUGAUAACAUAAUUGGUUGGAGGUCAUAAGCGAUAGCGAUAUUUAAAUGCAGUACCUUUACUGUUUUGUGUAAUGUUGGAUGGCUUUGAAUGGCUUGCAGUUGCUUUAUACCUUUUUUUCUCUCCUUAUUCGGCAAUACUGGUCUGACCCGUUUAGACGGAGCCGGCGGCAGGACGUCAAGUAUGGGAACCCCAUUCGACAAUGCAGGGGCUUCAACUCUAAUGGUAAGAUAUCUGCCUUUAUGUAGUCGUUUUUUAAUUAAUGAAUCCUGAAGGUUAGACAGUUGUCACUGACAGGAGCAAUUGUGCAUGCACACUGGCAGCUUUAUGGUAAUCAAAGAAAGUCAUAUCACCAAGAGGACUUUGAUUUGCCACAACAGAGAUUUUGGUCUGAAGGAGUUUAUGGUAAUGAGUGUUUUGGUUGCCAUGGAAAUCCCUCUCUCCCCCUGCCUUACAGCCAAUAAGAACACUCUGGAGAUGGUGCAGUAUGGGGUGGAGGGGAGCAGUACCUUCCUGGAGUGUCAGGCCCGCUCUCCGCACGCUGUCAUCAAAUGGCAUCUGCAGAGAGAUAACAGCGACCGCAGGAAAGAGGUGAGCAACCACACUGUGUAUUUCACAAACAGUCAGGUUAUGUGUAGAUAGUGUUUCUUUUGGGACUCUGCUCCACAUGAAUUUAUGAUAUUCAUCCAAUAUAAAACACGCCUGAAAUUUCUGGAGGUAUUAAACUGACUCGUCCCUUACUGGCAUGGGUCAGUUGAAGAUGAGCAAAUCCACAGAUGCAAAUCCUAUUUUUAAUGGGCUGGAAGCCGCUCAAUAAGUGGAGUAUUUCACAUCAUUUUCAUAUUGUUUUUGUUUUUUCAUAGGGAGAGGAAGAUUUAUAAGCAGUCUGACUCAAAAGUAAAAUGACCUCAAUCUAAUAGUCUGGUGUUAGAUUCUGUGUUAACAUGAUUCAGUGAUUGGGGCUCUGACUGAAUGAUGCCUGGUUUCUCACACAAACCUCCAACUGUCCCUGGGCCCAGGGGAAGGAUAUAUAAAGCAGAGCUGUGAACAAGCCCUCUGCUAUGAUAUAUAACCCUGAGGCCCCAGUUAAAUUUUUAUUGUGAAGCUAUGUAAUGUUGCUGCUUCUCUUUUAUAGACUAUUCUGUUGGAUGCUCUCUGUCUCCCCUGGCAGAGUAGUUUCUGCUGUUACCUCAGAUUCUGAGCUAGAAAUCUAGUUUUUGUGUGAAAUAAAAGAAAAAGAGGAAUUCGAAGAUGUAGUCUUAGUGUAGAUGGAUGGAUGGAUGAAAUGCAAUACAUUUUAGUAGUUUGGUGUUACUAUACAGAUAAAACAAUUUUAAUUAAGUGUGUAUUAGAUUGUCUUUCUAAAAUCUGCAGUCACAAUAACCGUUUCAGUAGAUUUUUCUAGAGUUAUUUUAGUAUGCAGAAUAAAAGCUGACUGAUGCUGUGCACUUAUUACCUUCUGAUCCAAUAUCAAAGCCAGGAAUGAGAUCAAACUUGGUAGUAAUUGUGCUGAAUUAAGGGGCCAUCUCAAAGUACAUGAACAGUGUUGAAGAAAACAAAAAACAAACAAAAAACUAAGGUUGUCCAUUUUUUUAUCUGUAUGUUUUGUUUGUUUCCCUUUGAAUCAAACAGGCUUUACUUUUGUUGUAUUAGGUGGAUCACAUGAGCUGUUUUUACUCUGUCUACACAGAUGCGUUCUGAUGGUCGGGUUUUGAAGACGGAGCAGGGUCUCCUCCUGCGCUCUCUGCAGCCCUCUGACUCUGGCAUGUACCAGUGCACAGCCACAGAGAAGAAUUUCAAACACACGCUGGUCAAGCUGCAGUUGGUGGUCCUGUCCAGUCGGGCUGUCAACAAUGUGCUGGUGGAGGGAGCAGUAGGGCUGCCGUCUUCUCUCCACUCCUCUAGCACUCAGUGGACCCCCAGCUCAGGCCAGUACAAGGACCUGCUAACCAUCCUGAGCCAGCCAGAAAUGACCCUGAUCAAUCAGUACUGCCAGGACUACUGGCAGUUUGGAGACCCACUGCUGGGCGCCCUCAAGGCCAAAGACCUGAAGGAGCUAAAGGAGCAGAAGAAGCCCCGUAACCGCCGGCAUCAUGGGGAAGGGGAAGAAGGAGGGGAGCGGGAGGAGGUAGAGACAUGA